GGGGGGGGGAGGGGAGAGAGAAAAAGGCUGGAGCAAAAGGACGCGAGGGAAGGAAGAGGAGGAGGAGGAGGAGGAGGAGGAGAAGGCUGCUGUACAAAGUCGGGCGCGCUGUCCGUGCAGGCAGCCGAGAGGAAGGAGGAAAACAUGCCAUGCCUGCCCCGACUCCCCUCCGCUGCGCGGCUGCGACUCCACCGCCCUGCCGCCGGGUGCUGACCCUCCGCCCGCCGCCUGAGAGCUCGUGCCUAUCGCGGCGAUUAUCACUCUUGCCCACUCCGAGGGCGGGAGAGGCAGCGGCGGCGGGCGGGCGCGACAGACAAUGGCGGCGGCGGCUGCUCCUGCCGCUGCCAACAGCGGCAGCAGCAGCCCAGUUCGUGCCAACAACGGCGGCGGCGGCGGCGGCACAUUCCACCAGCAGCUGGAGCCCUGCCUGAGGAAGCCGCCGCCGCCGCCGCCGCGCAUGGACCCCCGGCGCAGGCAGGCAGCGCUCUCUUUCCUCACCAACAUCUCGCUGGACGGGCGGCCCGCCGUGCCGCAAGACGACGAGGGCGGCGUCGGAGGAGGCGGCGGCGUCGAGCAGAGCGGCGUCGGCGCUGCAGCACUGGCGGCCGCGAGGGUGGCUUCUGCAGCAGCAGCCUGCAGCAACGGCAGCGCUAGGACUCGCCACAGCCUGGGCGCUUUCCAGCCCGUCGCCCCGCAGGCUUACCCCAGCGCCUCCUGCAGCGGCGGCGCCAGGCUCACGAGCCCCUCGAGGGCGGCUGGGCAGCAGCAGGAAGAGGACGAGGAUGAGGACGAAGAUGCCUUCGCUCCCGUGCAGGUGCCUGUCGCCGCCGCCGCCGCCUUCCUGGGCUCCUGCGGGACCCCCUCGGCGGGCGGCGCAAGAGGUCGCCUCAACUCUUUCACUCAGGGAAUCCUGCCCGUCUCCUUCGCCAGAGCCGUCCCGCAGAACUAUUGCUGCCUCGAGCAAGGCCCUGCGGGCACCAGCGCCUUCGAGCUCCAGAGGUCCCGGUGAGUGAGGCACACGCGUCUACACCCAGAAGGGGCUCGGGAUCUCUCUCUCGUUCCUUCAGGACUCCCUGCCGCCGAAGGACUCGAAUUAUUUCCUUAAAAAUAAAGGGCCUCCACCUUCUGAAGUGGAGUGCCAGGGUUUGAGGGGGUCUUGAAAAAAGUUCACUCCUCAUCUAAGAUGUAUGGGGGUCGGUUGAAUUAUUGGUGUGGGGGAAGCACUCUGUGCAUGCUCGAAGGCACUUCCUUCUGUACUGUGGUUUCAGAGGGACUAGGACAGCCUUUGCCAACUAGGUGACCCUUCCAGAUGUUCUGGACUGCAGCACCCAUUAGCCUCAGCCAGUGCAAGUAGUUAAGAACAUCUGGAGGGCACCAUGUUGGUGAAAGCUGCGUUAGGGCUGCUCAGAUGAUUAGGUAGCUGAACUGUAGUCAAAACUCUGGGUAAAGGGAUUAGGCGAGCACAUACCAAAGAUCAUACAGUAGGGAUUAGUACUCAUUAACGCCUUUAAUUACACUGCUGCACUUACAGCCAGGAUGGUAAGACAGUUGAUUUUCUUUAUGGCCCUUCUGCCCGCAGUAUGUCUCUCUAUGAGAAUCUAAUCCACUGUGUGAAAGGCAAAAGAUUUAUAAGAUCUUGUUUGUUAUAAAAUGGAAAUAUAUAUAGGACCUCACCGAUACUUCUGUCGUACUGAACUAAUGUGAGGGACCAGAAGAACUGUAGAGUUCAGAUGUGAGAUGCUUCUGUGAGAUAUGGAUAUCAAUUGCUGAAGUGUACAGAGUGUGCCACACGGUGUGCCACUUGCUGGAGAGCUUCCAAAAUGUAGACCUGAAACCUCGUAGGCAGGAACCAGACUCUCGUCCCCUCUGUGUUCUUUGCAAAACCUGCAUGCUUCUGGAGUGUAUAAAUAUUAAAUGGUUAUAUUACUAAACUUAGACUUAAUCUACAAAUUUACUUCAUCACCAUGCAUCUCUGAGUGCUGCACUCUGCUUUACUUACUUGGGAACCAGGUUGUGUAAUUUAUUUAGAACUUCUUAUUUAUUUAUAUUAAAUGCCCACUUAUCUGAGAACUUUUGAUGUGUUCUGCCUUUUCAAAUGGAGUUUUUUUCACUAUCUCUUGAAUACAUAGAAUUUGGAGUAGUUGGAGGUGAUGUAAGAAAAACACAACUGGGUGGUAGGAAAAUACCUAUUACAGUACAAAGUUAGAGACUGAGUAGCCACUGUAGCAGGGGAUUUCGCUCACUGGCGGACGGUUGGACUACACGACCCUUGAAGUAUGAUUCUAAUGUUUAAGAAAUGCAUUUGGCAAGGAAUACUAUCCUUUUCUGUGGAAAUGGUUUGCUUGUUUGGCAUACUCACUACCAUACUACUGAAACCCUAUGCACUUAAUAUAAAACAGAUGGAUCUUUUCUUAUUUAAAAUGCAAACAUUUUUACAAAAAUAGGAACAGUGCUCAAAGUUUACAGGCAAAUCUUUUUCCAUCUUAAGUCAAAUGCUACUUCACAGUAGUCUCCCUUCCCUGCUCAUGUAAGUUGCUGGCACCUUGCUUUGACAUAAGCUUUGGUGACAUUGGUGCAAAGAGGCUGUGCUGAAUUCCGUUGGUGCUUUGGGGAUAGUUUCAUCGACUGAACAAAUAUUUGGGGUUGUUCUGGAACAUCUUGUUUUGUGCCGUUUUUUCCUAUGAUCAAAGUCUGACCAUAAUAUCCUAAAGUGCUCUCUAGGGUUAAUGGAGGAUGCUCUUUUUACAAAUACCAUAUGUGUGCUCUACCAAAACACAUUAGAACUUUCUCCAUCUAGCAACUUGUCAGAGCCUGAAACUGCCCUGAGCGACUUUCUGAAGCAUUGUAAAGCUUUUCCAUUCAGUGCAAGGUUUUUGAUGUUGAUAGUCACUUGGAUGUUUUGGGAUCUUUUAUGCUUUUAACUGAAUUUAGUGAAGCAUUUCACGUUGGCUCUUCAGUCUGUUGGUUUCUGCCCCAAGUUUAAAAAAAUGAACAAUACUACAUCCUAUAUACAAGUGUCUGGGAGUUAGCUCCAUUGAACACAGUGGAACUUAGUCUGAGUAAGAGUAAACAGCAGUGCACUGUUAAGUCAAGCCACAGACCACUGAAAGGACUGGGGGCUUAUGGUCACUCCACAAGGAUGGACAAGUAUCUCACUGUCACCAGUUCAGAGCAAGGGACACCCGCAAAACAUCCUCUAGGUAGCCCUGCUAGAAAUGUAAUCCACGUUGGUGUAGCUUGUUUUGGCUUGAAGGCUUGUGCUUUUAAGUAAAUACUUUGGGAAAUGUGUGUUGUUCUGGAGGGGUGAGAUUUUCUUGUGUGCUGCUCCGAAAUGCCUUUAAAGGCAUGCUAAAAUGCUAAAACUAGAUGACCAAAGGACAGCCCCUCCUCCUGUUUUCCAAUUUUUGAAGUUACACCUAGAGCCAUAACAAGCCCCACCUUUCUUUUCUGCUCAAGAAGCUGGUUUCAGAUGACAAGUAGAACAUCUUCCAUGUUGCAAGAGACCAUGUUGUCCAACCUUUGUAUGCUAAAAGAGGUUGUUUGGGGAACCUCAUUCUCAACCCCCCCCCCCAUUUUUGUCCUCUGAUAAGCUGUCAGAAUGGUUUUUUAGCAUAUUACACAGAGAUCUCUAAAUUCCUUUUCUUUGCACACCCUCUUCAUUCCAGGGGAUUUUAGUAAAAAUAAUUAGAAGUAGGGUGAACAUCUCUGCAAUGUAGAGGUGGAAAAGAGGUGGAGUACAAUCUAAAGCAGGACCUGUGGCCCUGCAGCCAGCAUGUCCUGAUAACAGCUGAGUUGUCACAGGUUCUCCAUCCCUGAUGUAAAGUAAUGUACAUGCAUUUAUUAAUCAGCAGCAUUUUCUUCUGACUGUGAUCUGUCUCUGAAUCUGAUAUCUUAAUCCUUCAUUUAUUCGCGGCUGUUAUCAUGCAUUACUCAUGAGUUGAUGCACCGCCCCAUCACUCUCAUUCUGCUAUUCUCCAGCAUUGAUCUCUAGUUAAUAGGGAGCUGCUACAGCAUGUUUGCUUAAGUGUAAGCAUUCUGUUUACCUGUUUAAAAGAUUUUUUUUAAAAAAAGCUGUCUUGUAGGCAGGGAUUGAUGAAUAAAUAACAGGCUUCAAAUGACAACCCUGCACGGAUAGCUGAUUGUUUUUAAGCAAACUCGUUCCCCUAAAUGCUUUGAACAUGAUCAGACCUUAACAAAACAAUUAACAGUGGAGCAAGCAUUCAGCUGCUGCAGGACAAUUCAAGCAUUACUAUUGAAAUCAUAUAAUUGUGUCUGGGCCAUGAUAGCAGUCCAGGCUGAUCUGAGUACAAGGAAUAAGAAGGCAACACAGUGUCAGUAAGCUACAGUUCUUAUCAUAACAUUAUUAUUAUUUAUUUAGUAAAAUAUAAACAUUUCACGCAGUAACACAGAGUAAAAAAAACUAGAAGUGAUCAUAAACUAACUCCCAUCCCUCCUUCCCCAACUGCACCACUAUGCCAAUUAUUAAAACAGUGAACUGACAAAAAUAAUCACGCAGAAGGAGAGAGAAAAUAACAGCCUUGGAGUGAAGGAAAGUCAUGGCAUGUCACUGUAAAUACAGUAAUGUUGGCACCAGGUGGACCUCCCUGGAAAAAGCAUUCCCAAAUUUUUGUAACCACAGUCCUUUUCUGGGAGCAGGAGGAGGGCCUCCAAUGACAACCUAAGGUUCUGGACAGCUUCAUACUGGAAGAGAUGAUCUGUAAAGUACUGGAGUCUUGAGCUGUUUAGGGUUCUAUAGCUAAAACAGCACUUUGAAUAGCGGAUGUCAACGCAUCUGGGCCAGAACUGGUAUUAUACAUUUAGACUAUCUUGUUAGAAUUAGGCCGUUGAAUUCUGCACCAGCUGCAGUGUCUGAAAAGCCUUAGCAUAGACAACUGAAGCCAGGUUAUCAAAAUCCAGAUAGCUGGUAGACGGUGCUCUGUGCCAUAGCAGCCACUUGUACCUCCAGUGACAGUAAUAGAUGCAGACACCCGCCUUCCUGAAUCUACAAGCUUGUACCUUCAAAGGGAGUGCAACCCCACCCAUAAUUGGUUGAACAUUAUUUACCCAGGUAGCCAAACCAUUCUCUAUCUCUGCCUUAUCUGGACUGAGCUUCAGUUUAUUGGCCCUCAUCCAUUCAAGCACUGUUGUUACAGAGGCACAUGAAGGUAGAUUUAUAUCUCCCUCUAAUGUGUAAUUGUACACUUGUAUAGGAAUUCACGUGGCACAGGUGCAUUUUUUUUAUUAUGGCUUCUCUCCUUUGUCAUAGUGAGGAUGCCUUUAUUUAUUAACUCCUUUGGGCAACAGACCUUGUUCCCGGUUUACAGAAAGGCAUCAAAUAUUUAGUCUAGCUGUAAAUACUGGUUUCUGUUCGGCAUUGUGCCGGUGAAAUCAGUGGAAUGACGUGUGUGCUUUUCAGAAGAGCCACCAAAAGCAGCCACAAAUGGUUAUUGCUGCUUACACUUUGCCACCUUAACUGUUGAUCUGUAGGGACUAAAAAUAAUAAUCUGCCAUCAGUUGUACUUUUACUGUUGAAAAGUGCAUAUCAGCUUCAUGCCUACUUCCCUGCUGUCAGUGCCUGUAAUCAAAAUUGCAUCAUUUAUACUGUGGGAAUUUCACUCUCUGUAAAUGACUCCCUGUUGUUUUGGACUAGCAUCAGUAGUUUCUUUUAUUGACAGUAACUAUGCUUCUGUGUUUACUAUCUCUGGUGUCAUUCCAUGUCUAAAGUGAUAUAUGGCACAUUUUCCUUCAGGCAUUAUCAGCUAAAUACCAGCUGUAGUCAUGCAUCAUGGAUAUUGGUUUCUUUACAUGCUUUGUUUUGGAACUUGCUACCUUCUAAAGAAAAGUGGUAUCUUAAGUGUGACAUCUACAUAAAUUUUCUUUUCUUUAGUGGUACUUCUUUCACUUUUUCUCCAAGACUUGAAUGUUUAUGUCACUUGGCAUUGUUUUAUCUAAUUGUUGCUUCGUUUUUUGAAGCAGGAAAAUCCUUACUAAACUUACAAGUGAGAAAAUCCCAUAGAACUGUGCGGGACUGACUUCUGCUUAAAUACUGUAUGCUUAAGACUGCACUGCACUGGAAGUUUCCAAGCAUAAUGCAAAUUAGUCAUUCUUAGACUGCAAGAAGCAUUCACAGUCAUACUUUUGGAUAGGAAAUGGAGGGAGAACAGCCUUCUGCUCAUAGAGAAAUCCCCUGACAGAACCAGCUAUGCCAGUAGAAUAUACUGAUGAUAUAUUAGUUUGCUUUGGCUUCAGCAUGUUCUCAUGUGAUUCUAGCAACAGACUUCAAAGUGAAACAUAUAAAUUGUAAAUGACUCUUGAGUUUUUGUUUUCCCUUCACAUUUUCUUCUGUUUGGCCGAACUCAAGCAUAUGCGGACUAACUUUAGAUAUUGGUAUCUUCGCAAAAUAGUGAACCUUUUAAACAUCUGUUUUAUUUAGAUUCCUAACCCAGAACCAGACACAAAAUACAAAUUAAGUUCUUACACUUUAACUGCAUGAAAUUAGUUUUUUUUAAAAAUCACCACAUCCUAACAAAACACCAAGUAAAACUUUCUCCACUUCUCAUUUCCUUAGCAACAUGUUUCAGUUGCAGACUGUGGAACAAGGUGUCAUCUAGAGUUUAUUUCUUGGUGACUGAAAUAUUUAUUGAAUUCUAAAGCCACGAGAUAAAUAUAACAUGCCAAUAGGGAGUGAAGACAAUGGAUUUCAUACUUUGCAUAAAGCGUUGAUAUGCUUUCCCUGAAAGUUUUGCAUUGUAGACUAGUUCACAAUAAAGGUUGUUGCCUUCAGAUCAGUGAAGGGUGAGGCCUGUUGCUGUCUGUCAGGUUGCUCUUAGAAUCAGUGUACCUGCAGAGACGAGCCCUUGCCAUUCUUAUUUACUGUAUUUUACAGAUCAGUUGACAGUUGAUGAAAUGGUAAACAUACUUUCUAGUCAUUAAUUAGAAUACAGUAGAUUAAAUCCGUGUGGAUUUGUAUGUGAAUAAAAACAAUUCUUCUUAAGAAAACAGGAUCAUUCCUUUGCUUUUAGGCAAAACAUGCACAUGACGAAGUGGGCACCAUCUUAAAAGAAGUCUCUGAUGUGAGAUGUGGGAAUGUUUAUUUUAAAAUGGCACCACCUUCCACUUGGAGUUGUUUUUUGUUUGUUUUUAAAUCAGACUCCAAAGAAUUUAAUCACUCCCUUUAAUAGUGAACUAGGGUGCUGAGUACCAACUGAAAUGGGCCAAAACAGAGCUACUGUGAAACAAGCGGGAGGUGUCAGUAUGAUUUGGGGAACCCCAAAUGUAUUAAAUAAUACAUUUUAAAGAUAUGUGGGGGAAACCCGCCCACAAACAAGCCCAUGAGGACUGAGCAUGCUCAGUAGUCACUGGCUGUUUAGUAUCAGUUGGGAAACAAAAAUAGAAAACAGGGGUGAUGGAAUGGAGUAUAGUGAGGAGAGUUAAGUUUGGAACCCUUAAAAGGAGCAUUUACUGUAAGGCACUGAGAACUACACAGCAAAAAAAAAUGUGGCCGUUCACAACAUAAAAAUACAAAAUGAGAACACUGUUAUGUACUGAAGUUCUCACCCUGGGCCAGCAGGGGGAUACUGUAGAUAGUUAUGCAAAUAAGGGAUCGAAAGUGACGUUUAGUGAUUGGAUAGUUUUAGAAAAUUGUUACAGUUACAUUGUACUGGAGCUCUAUAUAAGCAGGCUGACUGAACCCUUCAGUUCAGUUCUGUCCUGGGCUGUGAAUAAACAAGAGCUGUUUGAAGAAUCGCUGUGUCGUCUGAUAUGUUCACCCACAACCUAACACUGGUGACGAGGAUGGGAUGGAUGGACAACAGAGCACAGCCAGAUGCAGCCACCCUCUGAGCGGAGCUGAAUUACUGAGCUGAAACACCGAGCGAAAUCACUGAACAGAACCAAUUCAGAGCUCACUGUUCUGGCUAGAGCACUGUGUUCCAUCCAUCGCCUCCACAUCAGCAUCGGAAUCAUGGCUUCACUUGUGCCUCUACCGCCGUUUGCUCCAGCCUCUGAAUCAUGGGACUCCUACCUCGCUCGGUUCGACUGUUACCUCCAAGCCAACGAGCCUCUGUGGGCCUGAGGUGUUCAAGACGGCCUGAGCAUUGGUUGCGCCUGUAGCAGUCCAGACAGCACCGUGGGACACGAUUAAAGAGAAGCUCCACAACCACUACGUGUCCAAGAUUGCUGCCCGCCAUGCGUUCUGCCACCGGAACCAGGCAGAGGGGGAGUCAGUUAACAACUACACUGCCACCCUCCGACAGGCUGCAAUGCACUGCGAGUUCCGAGACUUAGACGAAGCCCAUAUGGAUCAAAUCGUCUGCGGGCUCCGGGACAUCCAUCUGCAAUGACGUCUCCUCGCCAAGCCAGACCUCACGUUGCAGAAAGUCAUUGAGGAGGCCGUGGCUUCGGAAGCUGCCGAACGCUCUGCCCUGGAGAUCCACAAGGCCAGCAGCCCGCGUCUUGCUAGGAAGCCAGUUCCAGCGCGUCAUGAAGAGGCCAGCAGUGAUGAGGCAUCCUCCAGUGAAGACGAUGACAUGUACCAGACAAAGCGGGAGCGCAGGAAGUUCCAAAAGAAGUCCAAGGGCCAAUCGGAAUGUGCCGGCUGCGGAGGCCACCAUUCCCGUGCCAAGUGUCAAUUCAGAGAUGCCAUCUGUCGGAAGUGUUCCGGAAGGGGCCACAUCACUAAGGUCUGCCGAUCGGCUCCGUCUGACACCCCCCCUUCACCGACUCGCAAGUCCAAGUCUUCACUCCAGUCCGCCAAGGAAAGUUGUUUCGCUCUCACCAACUGCCACUGCCUGUCUGGAACCACGAUUGGCCAAACCGACUCGCCUACACGACGCAAGCUGAACGUCACUUUCGAUCCCUUAUUUGCAUAACUAUCUACAGUAUCCUCCUGCUGGCCCAGGGUGAGAACUUCAGUACAUAACAAACACAGAAUACAUAACAAAAAAUAAACAAGCAAAACAGUAUCACCCAUAUAAUUAGCGUAUACACAUGUGACACAAAUCUUAUUCUAUUUCGUGGGGGAUGUAGUUCCUCUUUUUGGGACUGUUUCAAGUGACUACCCCAGUGUAGUCCACUGAGCACUUUUAUAAUACUCUCGCAGUAAAUUCCCCACCAAGAAUUUUGCAUUCUUCAGAGAGUCAAAUUGAUUGAUGAACUUAAUUUUUCAGUCUUAUUCACUUUAUCUAGUUAUAUUUACUGUGUUUGAAUUUUCUGAGUGAUUUAGAUAUAAAAUGAAUAAUUAAGUAUGCACAUUCUUGGCAUAAACCCAAGAAAUACUCAACUCAGGGGCAACCUUUUGCCCCUUAUAAAUGUGGAAGCAGUGCCUUGUAGGCAGACAAGCCUUAUCGGCAGGAUGAGUAGGUGCAGCCCUGAAAUUGCUUGCCGAAAGACAUUAAUGCAACUCAAGGUGAGCCUUUAGAUAGACAUUAUCAAAGAGAAGCCAUGUGAGGAUUAGAAGAAGGGGAGAAUUGAAAGAAAAGGGUCUGGGUUUUCUUCAGUCAUUUGUUACGCUGUAUGCUUUUGUAAUGUUCCUGCAAUUUGAACUUCCAGUUGAAAGAAUUGAUAUUUUUGGUAGGAUCUGUUCCAUCCAUUAUCAGCAAAGUAAUACAGUCACUUUUUGUGACCGGCUACAUCAUGCAAGACCUGGUGCACUGUGCAUUUUUGUUUUCACAAAGCUUCUGAAUAUGCUGUAAAGCUAUAAUCAGAGUUCCUUGUCUUUUCUGUUUGUGUUAGCAGUUUAGGUAAUUACAUACUGGAUUAUAUUUAACAUACUAGAUUAUAUUUAAUUAGUGUGGUUUGGGUUUGAGUUGUGCAUGUGUUCAGAAGAAAUAAAAUUACCAGCCUACUCCCCCCCCCAACACACACACGCAAACAGCCCCCGUCCAAUAAAGCUGUUGAUGUUUUUUGUGUAUAAGAAAGGAGGGGGGAAUUGCAGUAAAUUCACUGUAAAUUCAGGGUGUAUUUAGAUGGUUUUAGUGGAGUUUAAGAUGAUUUGUUUCACUGACAUUGCUAGAGCUUAAUUCUGAAGUCCUGCCUUUAGAACCUUUCUCAUCCCUGCAACAUGGGAUGCUACAAUGAAGGCAAGAAUGCUUUUGAGUAUAUACAGACUGCCUUUCCCUUGCUACUGAGUAGUCACAACUAUUUGCACACCUGAGUUUCAUCAAUAAAGGUUUUCAAGCCAGAUGUUAUUACCCUUAGGAACCUAGAAUCAGUGUUAGAAACAGAGAUACGAGAGCUAGGAGCUAAAUGACAACUUAAACUUAGGUUAUGGGCACAACAGCAGAAUGUCUAUGUGCACUUUUUAAAUAACAAGAAUACAAAGCUGAAAAUGAAUGAAAAUGAAAUAUUAUACUCACUUUUCACAUGGUCUAGUCAUUCUGCCCACUGCCCUAAUAUUCUUAAGAGGGUCUCUUCUCCAGUUUUCAGAGAGUAGCUGGAAGUAAGGAGGCAGAAAUAGGUCCUCCUUUCACUCUGCAGUUUUAAUCUGAAAUCUUAGGUGCACUACUGUGCUCAGAGCUCAGUGGGAGUUUUGAACACUGCCUAGAAUGGAUGGAAACAAAUAAAUGUUUUUCUGCUUGCUUCCAUACACCUAGGAUUUCAAGUACAUCUUUGUCCCAGCACUCUAUUGAUUGCCAUGGUCUGUCUGAGAAAUAUUCUUUAGCAAUAGUUUUUAUAGUUUUUUGUCAUUGCAAAAGGGACAUGUUCCUUUUUUUUGGAAGUGCCUGUUUUCUCUCUAAUUUAAGAAAGAGGUAUCUGACGGUGAAUAGUUUGAAUCUCUCAGGCCUCUCAUAUUUUAAUGGUGUGCCAUUUAGUAAAUUCUUUAUAUUCUCUCUUGGUUUUCAGAUUAUGUUUUCUACUCCUGUUCCUGGUUUUUUGUUGGCUGUUAAUGAAUCGGAAAUGGAGGGCCCUGUACUUCACACGUGUACUUCUGUGUGGUUUUUUUAUCUGUAAAAGCUUUCCUUCCAUGAAUGCCACCAUGUUAAUAAUUUAUCUGAAAAGACUUUAAAUUAGGGCUGCAGCUUUUGAUUAAUCAUUUCCAUGCAUUUUUAAAAAGUGUCCCUGAUUUAAUUAGGCACCAUGUUAAUAAAGAUAUUACUGCUGCUCUCUCUUUCUCUAUUCUCCACCCCCCCAUCUUAAUUGAUAUCAUCUCCCCCUCCUACCCACCUACCCUGACUAUUGGGCAGUAGGAUGAAGAGAAGGAGUUAGACACAGGCAACUUUUCUCCUAUGCUCUUGCUGUGGUUGAGAUUUGCCUCAUCUCUUUAAGGCUCAGGGUGGGAUGCGAAGAGGACUCUUAGCCCAGACCAUCAUCAAGACAGGGCAUGACAGUCCUGAUUUCCAAACUGGCUGUCAGGUUGCAGUUGUUCACACUUCCUUGGGAACAAGUUCCAUUGAAAUCAGUGAUAUUUACUUUCAAAGUUAAGCAAACAUCUGCAGAAUCAGAUUGAUCAGGGCAGUGGAGCAAGUCCCCUAUAACUGCAGCCUUCCAUUUUUUUCAGACCACGGUCCACCUUUAACCCAAACAUGCAUUUGGGGACCUGUUCCUUUAAUUUUUAAGUGAUAUCUUUUUGUGGUGGUCUGCUGUUGUGACUCACCUUAGACCAGGCUGUAACCCAGAAGUGGGUCUCCUCACCCAUCAGCUGAAGACCAGUGCCCUAUAGUGUUUAAGGAUUUUUCUUUAGAAAAUAGGUAGGUAAGGGCGGGGGGGCAUGAUAGAGGUAUAUAAAAUUAUGCAUGGUGUAGAGAAAUUGGAAAGAGGGGAGUCUUGCUCUCGCAACAGGGGAUCAUCCAAUGGUAGAAGAUCCAGGAGAGACAACUAUAAUAGUUAAAUUGUACAAUCCUACAAAUCUUCAGGCAUUGUAGCCCUAGUUCUCAGUGAUGUGGUAACUCCCUUUUCCUGUACUAUACCAACGUCAGACUACAUCUGGGAACUCACAAGACUGAAUGACUUACUUUUCUGUGUGCAUGUGUUUUUUAAUCAAGGCAUGGGUUUACCAUCAUGGUCGAGACUAUAACCUGUUGAGGGUAAGGCUGAAUAAGUUAAAUAAGAAAUGCCUGAAACAUGCAAAGCAGUGAGAUCACAUAAUGCAAAGCAUAUUUGCUACCAGGCCUCUGAAACCUUAACCAUCACAGUUAAAGACCUUAGUUAGGUUAAACCAAAUCAUACGGAACUCCACUAUACCAGUUUGUGCAUAUUUCUAGGAACCUCCAGAGGCAAUUUUUAAAAAUCUUUCCAUAUCCAUGUCUUCUCAACUUCAUCUUCUUUUUCACUUUGCUGUCAUUCUGAAACAGUAUUAAUUUAGAAUUUCUCCCUGAAUGAGAAAUAAACAAUCUGUAAUGGUUAAGUAACCACAUUGCAUUAGCAGAAAUUUAUCUUGAGUUAUGGAUGUACACAUUCCAAACAGCAUGUGGAAUCUGUUGAAAAUGGCCUGUACACAUAGUCAUAACAUGUAGCACCAACCACUGUAUCUAUCUGCUGUUUCCACCCCAGCAUUGGCAGCCUCCCAAAUUUAGUAGGUGCAGAAAGCAUAGUGCUGGUUUGGAAAUUCUCUGGGUAAAUGUUAGUGGGAAAUUCUGUAUUUAUUUAUUUGUUUAUUUUAUUUACAGAUCACUUCCCCAUAAAACAACUUGACGAGAUUUAACAAUAAAAAAUGUCAAAAAUAAAAACAUGCGUUGCUAUCUUCCAAAAGAUUGAAGUACAUGUCCCUUGAAAACUUUUAUCAUCCACAUUUUAUGCUUUCUUUUGUCAGUCUAGUUUUGUAAAACAAAAAUACAAGUUUAGGUCCAUUUAGUCAGGAAGCAUUUCAGGGACUAUAAUCGCACAUAAUUCAUUGCAUAUUGUGGCAGCAAUGAAGUUGCCAAGUAUAGAUUUUUUCUUUAGUGGGGUGCUUCAGGGUUGAUAAUACUCUGACUCAGUGUAAUUCACAAUUUGCUGCCUGAGGAAGGCAAACCUUGUAAAGACAUUAAGAGGGAUGGGAGUGAGCCAAAUCUUUAUUUGUAUCCCUCUUUCAGGAAGGGAAAGCACAUCUAUGAAUCUAGGGAGCAAAUAAAAAGAAACCUAUUAAUGGGAGAAAGGAAAGGAAAACAAACAGAACAUUGUAUGAAUUAAGACCGUACAGCUUAAACAUUCCUUUCAGUCUAAUGUUCAUUUGUGCAGAGAGGUUCUAAGGCUUCGGCUUGUUAGAAAGUUCUGCUGAGUCUCAUAAACUGAAGGACUAGAUAUGCAUCCACUGAUAAGGGAACUGCUUAUCAGUGCACAGAGAAAUUGACAGAGCAAAUGCAUGAUUAUCAGUUAGGAUGGUCUGUCAAGACAAAAUAUCCCAGGAUUUUUUAACUAUUAAGAUUAUGGGGGUUGUUGUCAACACUGAGAUGAUCACACGGUAAAAGCUACUGGCUGCAUCUGGAGAUGUGUUCUGAUCUCUGCAGAUGGCUACCAAAACCUGAAAAUUAUAUUACAACAUGCAUAAAAGGAAAAGGGACCACACUUGUUACUGUUGGUCUUGGCCAUAAUAAAUAGACAGCUAGUUAGGCUGCGCUAUCUGCCAGUUAACUUGUGCAAAAUGUUGUGAGUAAUCUACUUGCAUGUCCUAUUUGUGGAAAUCAUUUCUGUGAGCACUAUUAACAUCAUGCUUUUCCUGGAUUUCUCUUCCCUUAGAAGUGAAGGAAGCCUUCUACCAUGGCUUUCCAAUUUAGUUUAUUUCUUCAAAUUUUCAUUAUGAUUUUAUUUUUUAUUUAUUAAAUUUGUAUACCACCCUUCAUCCAAAGAUCAUAGGGGUGGUUCACAACAUGAAAAUACAAAACUGAGAACACAAAAUACAUAAUAAAACAAAAGCAAGCUGAUCCAAACUGACCCCCUGUCCACACACGCAAAUACGUUUUAAUACUUUUUUGUGCUCUGCAUUAUAUUUUAUAUUCUGUUUCUGUACGCUGCUUAGGUACUUUUUUGAAUGUAGAAUGGCUUACAUUUUGGAAUAAAAAUAAGUAAAAAUAUUUCCCCACCAAUGCAAGAAGGGUGCUGACAGUUACAUGAAUUAAUAAGCUGGCAGAUCUAACAUCAGGCCAACUCUGAAUCUACAUUUCACCCCGUCAUAUGUUCACAGGGGCAGUAUUGAAAUAAUUUGAAUGAGCAAUAUGACCCUUUGCUCCUCAUCAUGCAAAUAGCCUUCAUUGAGAAGUAGGCCUCACUUUAUGGACCCAAUCACGUAGAUGCUCAUUUCACAUUAUUUCUCUUCCUCAAAACAUAUGGGCAGUGAUGAAGGGUAGAAUAAUACACAUUGGGCCUCUUUACAGUGGUACCUUAGUUUAAGAACAGCUUAGUUUAUGAACAACGUGGAUUAAGAAUGCUGCAAACCCGGAAGUAGGUGUUUUGGUUUGUGAACUUUGCCUUGGUAGCAGAACAUGUUCCGCUUUCUGUUGAGCAUGUUCCAUUUGUAAAUUGAGUACCCCGCUGUUAUGGGAAAGCAUGCCUUGGUUUAAGAACGCUUUGGUUUAAGAACAGACUUCCGGAACGGAUUAAGUUCGUAAACCAAGGUACCACUGUAUACCUGAAGGAGUGUCUCCACCCCCAUCAUUCAGCCUGGACACUGCGGUCCAGCUCCAAGGACCUUCUUGGUGGUUCCCUCACUGCGAAAAGUGAGGUUACAGGGAACCAGGCAGAGGGCCUUCUCGGUAGUCGUGCCCGUCCUGUGGAACCCCCUCCCAUCAGAUGUCAAGGAAAUAAACAACUACCUGACUUUUAGAAGACAUCUGAAGGCAGUCUUGUUUAGGGAAGUUUUUAAUGUUUGAUGUUUUAUCGUGUUUUUAUUAUUCUGUUGGGAGCAGCCCAGAGGGGCUGCAACUGUUCAUGUGGAAGACUCACUUGAUUAUAGAGGCUAUCUACAUGGUGGGAGAGAGGGGUCUAUGUUAAUCCUUCACUAUAUUAUUGUCUGAAUUUUCUGAAACCAUGAAAUUGGUUUUCAAGAUGGAAUAAUCCUGCUGUUGUUUCCAUAUUUGCUUGGCCUUUGAUGAACUUCAGCGUGGCUGAAGUGAGGGAGCUUGUGAUCACUUCCCCACUCCUUUGCCCCAAGUCAAUCUCGCUUUGAACUCACUGCAGCCUCAGGGUUGUUCCUCGGUUGUGUACGCAAACUCUAGGCUGAAUCAAGUUCAGGGGCUGUUGAUCUCCAAAUCAAGCUUGUUUAUAGUAGGUUUAAAUAUACUUAUUUCUUUCAUAGAUUAGCAGGCUCAUUUUGGAAACCUCAGAUCUACCUACACAUAACGAUGCAGGAUUGUUUUGAGAUGCUCUGUUCCCAAUUUAGAAAUGGAAUCUCAUCCAAACAAUGAUGUAAACACUGUCAUUGUUAUGUCAGUAUAAUUGUAGAGAGUAAUCAUUGCUUAUUCCUCGCCAACAUGUAAUAAGAUGAUUUUACCACUGUCCAGCCUGCCUUUGAACAUACAUUACAUUAGUAAUGUGUAUAAAUCAAAUUAUAAUGACUAGAAUUAGUCCUGAGAAGUCAGUAUAAGGAUGACUUCACUCACCAGAUGAGAUUGUUGUGGUGUGCUUUCAUAUUCUUUUUCAAAAAACAUAUCUACUUAAGUUAACAAAAUAAGGGAGUAUUUGGGUCCCAUAUGUUUAACCAAAUAAUGCCUGUGUAAUCAGACAACACUAAGCGUCUGUAGUCAUUUAAACCUAGUGAUUCGUAUCAAGACUUAAGUUGGUAAUGAACAGAUAUUGGCUGGAUCCAGUCCAGCAGUCUUUCAUUUAUUGGUAAUAACUAGGAGAACAGGGAAUAGUUAGUCCUUUGCAGUGUCCUUAAUCUCAAAUGACAGACAUAAACCUGAGAAUGCAAAAGGUGAGUACAUUUACUUUGAGGUAGGCUAAAAAAAUGCAUCCUUCUCAUCAUUCCCAGUAUCUACUGUUUUGAAUCAGAACACAUUGAGGAAUAUGUCGAGGUGUAAGAGAUCUCUCUCCGCCUACUUUUCUUCAAGUUCUUCAAUGGGGAUCACUGGAAUGGUGGUUUCAUUUUGUUAACCCAAUCUUCUUCCUUAUUUCUGUACAGCAAUUCUGUUUUCUUUUCAUAGUAUCCCCUCUCCGCAUCACAAUAGUCACAGGAAAGUCUUUACAUCCUGCCUGUGAGCUAUAGCUGUGUACAGUGGCUUACAGUUUUCUAGGAGGUUUUGUGCUUUAUGACUAUAUAAGUGAAAAGUGGUCUAUAAAUAAAAUAAAUAAGUGCUCUAUGUUUGUAGCACUUGAGACGUUUUAGUGGUCAUAACUCAAGUUUUAUUUUCUGGAAGUCCUUGUAAGUCCUUCUGGAAGUCCUUCUGGAAGUCCUUGCAAAAUUCUAACUGAUACCAGUGAAAAAACUGUUCAGGAUUAUAGCACUACAAAGCUGUAUUUUACAGAAUUGUCUUAAAACUUUGAAGAGGAUUAAACAGAAGUGUAUGUACAAGUAGGAAGAAGGAAUGAACCAAAUGCACUUUUGCUGUCUUUGUACAAUGCAUCCAUCUUGCACUGGUGGAAUGGUGUGAACACCAUUGCCAUUUCAGCUUUAUUUUCAGUGUUGUUGUUGUUGUUGUUGUUGUUGUUGUUGUUGUUGUUGUUGUUGUUGUUGUUGUCUUUAAAAGGCACAAAGUUGAAUCUCUUCUGUUAAAAGCAGAAAUAGGAGGUGGAACUCAUUUAUAUAGCGAAUAUAUAAUACCCACUGCAGUUUGGGGGGGGGGGCUGGAAGUAGCUACCAGCAUCUUUGUCUGCUUCAAAGGACAAAAACAAAUGUAUAAUUCUUAAAAGUGACCUUUUCCCUCUUCGUUUCUACUCAGAUCUCUUUGAAAAGUUCAGCUUUCUUUAUGGAUUAUCUUUCAGUGAAAGAUGCUUUCAUGCUGGCAUGAAAGGCCAGUGCCACAUCCUUGUAAACAGUUCUGCAGUAACAAAGCACUUUUUAAAUGUGUGGUAGGAGAUAUUUUCUUAUGUUUUUCAAGGCUAGGACUUAAAAGAGUCUUGUGGAAAUCGUACUAAGCGCUGGUCAAACUAUCCCCAUUAUAGCAGGCUGAAGUGGAACUUCCACUGGUCCUUGUGCCUAUGUGAUAACAGCUCUGUGAGCUCCUCAUCCCAUGACUCAAUAUCUGUAAUACUGGGUGCUAACAUCUUGCCACAGCACCAGAUUUUGGAAGAUACAGUUGUGUUGUCCUGAAUAGCUCAGGGAGCAAUAGCGUGCUGGUAGAUAGCUGGGGUCAGGGUGCGCUUCAAUUUUUUGACUUAAACGAGACAAACAGAAAUUGCAUUGGGACAGUUUUUUCAUACGACCUUUCAUAAAAGUGGUAGCAAUGUGCACAUGUGCAGAUAUACCAACUAAGCUUACAGUAUAGGCUCUUGAGCAACAGGAGCUUACAGCUGUGUUGGCCAAGUAUGACUUAAUGUGAGCAUAAAAUGACUUAAUGUGAGAAGAAAAGGACCAGCUCUCUCCUAAUUUACAAUAGCUUGCUUUGCUGGUUGUCAAAGGGGAUCCUUGCUUACCCCUACUGGACAGUCAGACUGUUGGCUUCAUUCCCACGUGGAAUUUAUUGCAUUACAGUGGUACCUCGGGUUAAGAACUUAAUUCAUUCUGGAGGUCCAUUCUUAACCUGAAACUGUUCUUAACCUGAGGUACCACUUUAGCUAAUGGGGCCUGCCGCUGCGCCACCGCUGCACGAUUUCUGUUCUCAUCCUGAAGCAAAGUUCUUAACCCGAGGUACUACUUCCGAGUUAGCAGAGUCUGUAACCUGAAGCAUCUGUAACCCGAGGUACCACCGUAGUUUAACUGAUUAUAAAGCUUGUGCUUCCAGCCUGCUUUCUAAAGUUCCUCUUACGCUGUGCUUGCCUGUUCCGCCACAUCUCAAAUGCUAUUCUGCCAUGUUGUGAUAAAUGUCCUUCACACAUGUCAUCCCUCCAUGCUGUUCCUCUUCCUCUACUUUCUGCCAUUCUUCCAGGCUUUACCUGCUUGGCAUGACUUUCUGUGCUGAAACACUGGCACACACUUCCUCAUCAGACAAAGAAAAAAGUGUGAGCCAGGAGUGCGGCGUGCGCCAUUGUGCCGCCCCACAGCUCAUCACAAAGGCCUCAUGCGAUUUUUCCAAGUUUCAGAAGCUGCAAGCAGAGUUUUUCUGAAAUCAAAUAGCACAGAAAUAAGCAUUAAACUAGUGCUAUAUUCCACUAAAUUCCAUUAGUUUUCCGGAAGUUGCUUUUACGUCGACUGAAAGCUCAAAUAAAUUGCGCAAAAUAACAGUAACGGCAGUAAAACAGAAUAAAUUGGAGUGUGAAUGUAGCCUGUGGCUAUCUACCAUACCAUUAAAAAAAAAAAAGCAAUCCAAGAUGAAGCCAAGUGUGUGUGUGUGUGUGUGUGUGUGUGUGAAAAAUUUGUGAUUUAAUCUGAGAACACUGGAGAGAAAACAAAAAUUAAAUAAAAGGACAAGGGUAGCUUUUGUUCCAUGUUAACCUGAUCACAUCACACUGCUUUAGGACAAAGUAGUUUGAUUUAUCAUUUCUAGUGAAUGGAAAGUCCUGUUCAUUGUAUAGCAGGAUUCAUUUGGCACAUAGUCAACAAGUGAUUAAAAACAAAACAGGGAUCAAUGUUCAUAUCCUUUGUCCCUUUCUCAUAGAAGUCUUUCUUUAUCUUCAUCCAUGUUGUAGCUUGUUCUCAAUAAUGUAGCCUAAUUAUAGGCACGUGACUGACUUGAAAUCAUUUCUCCCUGUUGACAUUUCCUGAUGCUUACUUAGGUAAUCUUUCUGAACAACUCUGCAGCAUUUCUUUGAGCAUAUUGGCAGGAGUAGAGUGAGCAAUUUUUGAAGAUCCAGACAGUGCAGUAUUUUCAUAUACUUGGCUUUGUGUAGAGCAGGCUGAGAAGUUUAGUGCUUGCAGUAGCUAACAAGGCACAAAUGACACAAGCUGCUUGUCCAUUUCCCUGAUCAGGCAGGCUGGAGAUUGGAUUAAGAGCUGUUGCUUCAACAAUUAAGCAGCUCAGACAUGGCACUUAAGAAGGAUCUGGAGACUCCACACCCUCCUGGUUCUUGAUCAGGCCCUGAUCUUAGCAGGUGUUUCCCAUGUGCUUCUCCUCCUCCAGAGUAGCCUUGUGUGCAGUUAGUUGGGUCCUGGAGCUGCUGAGUCCAAAGCUAUUUACUCACCAUCUCUUCUGCUCCUAUGGCCCUGGGACAGAUGCAGGAGGGAAAUGUAACCAGACAGUUCCAGUCCUGGGGUUAGGAUGUCCAGAUCUGGGAUAAUUGGCAGAAUGGAGAUAUGCUGGAGGAUCCUGCUGCUCAUCUGAGGAGACUUGAGGUUUGCUAUUUGUAACUUACCGUACGUUGUGAGUUAUUUAGUUGAGGAAUUGUACAAACAGUUAUAAUUCUUGUGAAACUAGAGGCACGUAUGGGUGACUAAACACCACUGGUAAUCAGUGAAUACUGUUCACUUUAUAUUCCCAAAAAUAAAAUGCAUAAAACACUUUGGUUUUGUCAUUAAGGGAAAAGGAUAGACUAGAAUUUGCAGCACAUUGGUAGGCAUUUUUAAAACACUGGGCAUUUAUUUAUUUUUUAAAGUUGCUGUUAAUGAUGCACACUCUGCGACUUCUGCUGGGCUGAGCUGCCAGUGAAUCACUCCUUCAGUGAGAUAUGGCAACUGCAGCAAUGAAACUAUGCUUUAUAGGCAUAAUCCUAGUAAACAGUGCUUUUAUUGUUCAAACAUUCUUUCUUCUUUGCAGCAAAGCUCCCAUGUAUGUGUUGAAAGAGCCCUUGAAGUGUUGUUUUUGUGACACAUUUUAAUGAACCUCUUGCCCUUUUGUGUAGUUCAUGUAAUGCAGUUAAUUUGACUGGAACAAGUGCUCCUUUUUUCUUUGCUUCUGUUUCUUCUGCUUGAGACUAGGGCAUGGAAUAUGCUGUUCAGAAGGCAGGGGUCAGAUCUACGCCCCAGUGUGUGUGGCUUACAACAGCAGUUGUUUUCACAUAUAAAAUUAAUUACAUUAAAGGGGCAAGAAAGGUGUUGUUCUUCCAUGUGCAGCUGUAUCUGUGCUUCUACUUUAGAUACUUUGGUGGCACAGUCUUGCACUGUCAUGGCUAAAGAGGAAUUAACUCCUGAUAAAUGGAGUAGAUCUAUCUUGGCUGCCACUAAAACUCUUUUCUUUAGUGUUUUCACAUCUCCAUGAGGAUUGUGACUCUUGGGAUGUUCUCCAUUCCUUCUCUACAAUGGAGCAUGUUGAUGUGCUGGCAGUUCUUCUGCUGCUUAACUUUUUGACGGAUUUGGUCAUGUGUGCAUGUGGUAGGGCUAUACAAGCAGUGUUUUGCACUCUUCACAGAGGAGGCUUCUUUCUUUGUUGCGUACUCUGGGGUCUUCCCCGUAAACAUGGCACAAGUGUAAAUCUGUGCAGCAAUGGAAUCAGUUACUUAGUGCUACACUGGAUACAACUCAAGACAAACAUUUAAAACCAAUUCCAUAUAUUAAAAAACAAUUAAAAUGGAACCAAUACAGAUGCAGACUGUGGGGUAAGGAUCUCUAGUUAAAAGGUUUGUUGAAAGAGGAAGGUCUUCACUAGACGCUGAAAAGGCAACAGGGACAGCGGCUGUCUAGAAUAUAACAGGCAGGAAUUCGGAAGGGUAGGUGGCACCACAUGAGCUAGUAGGCAACUAGUUGUGCACAUUGGAUUGUCAAGUUGUUGUUGUUGUUACCAUUGUGGGCAGGCCCAGAAGCUCACAAUUUCUGUGAGGUGGGUCAAUGUUAAUCCUACUUUUUACAGCAUUAUGUAUGAGGCAGUGACUUAUCACCUCAUUUAUCCAAGAUUUCAUUGGAAUUUGCCUUGCUGGCUCUUAGCUGUAAUGUUGAUUUAUUUAGUGGAUUAUUUAGUGCAAAACAGCAGUAAAAGAUAUGUUGUUUCACAUUCUGUAUAGUAGUAUAGUAGGCUAAAAUUCUAAUCCCACCUAACCCCCGUUGAAUUUAGUUGAAUUUAGUAAGACUUGCUUCUGAGUAGCCUUGGUUAGAAUGAUGCUGUUAGUCUGUUACAUAAUCUAGGAUAAAACAGCAGCAGUUUUCAAAAUAAAAGCAAUAAAAGCUCUGAUUUACAAAGAGCACAACAAUCCAUGAUAUGAUAUAAGAAAACAGGAAUUUCCAGAGUGUGAGAAAAAUGGCCCUGUGAGUAAGUGUCUGUAAACAGAAUGCAGCAAGUUGUAAAAACAAAUGUCAGGCUUAAUUUUCCACCUCUUCAGCAGCUGCCCCUUUUUGGUCACACCAGUGCCUGAGACAUGGAAAACAUGCAUUAAAAACACUGUGUUGAAUAGUAUUGCAUAUAGCAGAUUGACUUUUAAAAUAUAAAUGCAGUGGUACCUCGGGUUACCGGUACAUAUGCUUCAGGUUACAGACUCUGCUAAUCCAGAAAUAGUACCUCGGGUUAAGAACUUUGCUUCAGGAUGAGAACAGAAAUCGUGCUCCAGCCGCACAUUAGCAGCAGGAGGCCCCAUUAGCUAAAGUGGUGCUUCAGGUUAAGAACAGUUUCAGGUUAAGAACGGACCUCCGGAACGAAUUAAGUACUUAACCCGAGGUACCACUGUAAUAAAUAAAUACAUUAAAUUAUUAUUAUUAAUUAAAUAUUUCUGCGGCACUUUUCUGGGAAGCACUCAUUGAAAACAACAACAAAAAAUAAACAAAAUCAAAUGCUAUGAACAGACCAGAAGAAUAAAACCCAUCCUGUUCCUCCAAACAAACCAUAAGCCAACAAAACAUAAUUCAUGGCAGUUAAUUUUUUUGAGCCAAAGAGGAGUUCUGCUGAGGGGGCCUUUCCACUACCAUUCAUGUUUGUAUUGUCACACUGUGCUGCCUUGUAUUUUCUUGUCCUCACCACCAUAAUGAGAAAAAGAGAGAGAGAGAGAGAGAGACUAUUCUGUUUGCAAAGAGGGUAAAAAAUGUUAAUUUUCCUCACCAACCAAGUGAGGAGAGAAGGCUGUUAGCAUGGGAAGGGGAUGAAACCAUUUGACUUCCAGGGAGUCCUAAUUUCAUGUAUUUUGGGAGCUCUUUCUCUACUAUCACAGUUUUCAUCAGUUGCUAGGUCACUGAAGAAUUUUUUUAGAGCUCAAAAGCAUCGCACUAAAAAUAGACCUCAGGUUAAAAAUUCAAUGACAUCAUCCUUUGGGGAAGAUGCAUUUGUAUGCUUAUAGGUGGAGAGACAGUAUGAAAUGCUGGAUGAGAAGCUCACUUGUAUAAAAGAAUAAUAUAUUCUUCUAAGUCAACAAUGGGAUGAGCCAAAGGCUAAAUGCAUCCAGAAAUAAAUUGCUCUAGAUGGAGCUGCAUGAUUAAUGCACAGUUACUGUAGUCAUGAAAUAAGAGCAGGUCUUUUGAUAUCUUCUUCAGAACGUCUGUUAAACCUGCUUUAUUUAAAAACAAAAAAGAUGUUGAGCUUCCCACAACACUUCUGCAGGCUAGCUAUCCACUAAAGUGAGGAACCAGAUGGACUACAACUCCCAUUAACCCUAGCAAGCAUGGCCAAUGGCCAAGGAUGAUAGGAGUUCUAGUUCAGCAACAUCUGGAAGGCAAAAGGUUCCUCAUCCGUGCAGUAAACCAAGACCAGCCUGGCUUUCUUCAAUUUUAAACAUACACAUUGAUCACUGUGAAACAGCCCCUAAGAAAAUGUUUCUGUGUAAGUCCUGCUGAAAUGAAUUCUUGUGCUGUUCCCAUUAGAACGUCCCAUUGGACUGUGUCUGAAUUUGGCAGGCUUCAUCUUACACCAGGGGUAGCCAACACAAUGCCCUCCAGAUAUUGUUGGAUCCCAACUCCCAUUAGCCCCAGCUAGCAUUGUUGUUGUUUAGUUGUUUAGUCGUGUCCGACUCUUCAUGAUCCCAUGGACCAGAGCACUCCAGGCACUCUUGUCUUCCACUGCCUCCCGCAGUUUGGUCAAACUCACGUUAGUAGCUUUGAGAACACUGUCCAACCAUCUCAUCCUCUGUUGUCCCCUUCUCCUUGUGCCCUCAAUCUUUUCCAAACAUCAGGGUCUUUUCCAGGGAGCCUUCUCAUCUCAUGAGGUGGCCAAAGUAUUGGAGCCUCAGCUUCAGGAUCUGUCCUUCCAGUGAGCUAGUAUAGCCAGUGACUAAGAUCUUUAGUAAGAAAUCUUACAUCAGAAUAAAAUUAGCACUAGAUGUUCUUAAUUAGUGUGUGUGUGUGUGUUUUCAUUCAUUUAAAACCCUAAACACAAGGUUAGUGCCACAACAAAAUACAGGGAAGUGUAUGAAUCCAAUUCUGUUUUUGUUUUUAAACAUUACAAAUCCAAUUCAAAUGACAUCACAGGUGAAUUUGCAUUGGCAAAGAAUUGAUAUACAUGUUGUAGCUGGCAGGCUAUGAUUUUGAACAACACAAUAGGUGUACAAGAUGUCAUUAUUCCCCCUCAACUUUUGGGGCAUGUGCAUUCUAAAAUUUUAAUGGUUUAUUUAUUGUUACUCCUCCAUGAAUGUAUUGUGGUUUUAAAUAUUUACAAACCUUCUUUCAGCUCUAACAAAGAUCCCCAAAGCAGUUACCAAAACAAAAGAAUAAAGAAGAACAUAACAGAAAAUCCUCAGUACCAGGAAGAGAUAAAAUAGAAUAAUGUUCCAGAGAUUCCAAGUUAGCUGUAAACAAAUCAAAUCACUAAUGCAGAUAAUGGAAGAGAUGGCAUUAGCUGUAUUUCUGCGCAUGUGUAUUUGUGUGUAUAUAAAUAUCUAAUAAUUAGUGUAGUCUUAUUUGUAUAACCCUGUUAACAGGAAGCUAUUUAUGCUAUCUGAAAUGUGGUAAUACCUUUUGAUUCUUCUGCAAGAGAUAACAAACUUCUAAGUCUCUCCAACUUCCCUCCUAGGCAAUCUGAUUAUAGUUCUUGUUUUGAUUAUGCAAUCUGAUACUAUCUAUUGUAUGUUCAUUGUAUGAUACUCAUUUUUUUUCUAGAAUUGAUUUUAUCUUGCUGCAUUUCCCCCCUCAAAUUAUUGAAGUUUAAGUAUGUAUGCUUAAAAAAUAUUGAGUCAUAGGGGCAGCAGGCCUCGUUUCCAAGGAAGAUCUUACUUCCUUUCAUUCAUGUCCCCUCACCCUCGCCACCACAGCUUCCCCUUCCCUUUCUUCUUGUCUCCUCUGUGAUGUGGCCACCUUCCUCUCUGCAGAGAAAGCAGAGAGGACAUAUAGGGAGCAGGAAGGUGAGCAAUCUGAGCUGAAGAUAGUGAUUGACAGCUCUUUCACCUGGCAACCUGCAAGGGGUCAUAAUUGGGCCCCAGGGCUGCAAGUUGCUGCUGAGUUUGAGAUUCCAGAGUCAUAAAGGGAAAUAUUUUUUUCUCAUACAACAGAAAAGGGCAUCUUGUUUCCUGGUGUAAAUAAUUCUGCAAGUGGGAAGGGUACUGUUGUACUCGGGUCUGUUUGCAGCCUUCCCACAGACAUCUGGUUGGCAAUUGUGAGAAGAGAAUGCUGGACUAGAAGGAUGGUUGGCCUGAUCCAGGAUCUUAUGAUCCUGAUCUUAUGAUCUUAAAAACCAGGACAAACAAGGAGGAAACAAAGAGGAAGGAAGGAAGAAACUCAGAUGAAAGUUUAAGAAGACAUUGGAUUCCACAGAAAAUGAUGUCAGGGGGCCACAUUUGACCCCUGGGCUGCAGGUUGCCCCCUAUGCAGGUUGCAUAGGAAAAACCUCAGUAGCAGUUUGAAAAGCCUGAAGACAGGAGAACUGGUUUUUAUAUGGCAUGUACUGUGCAUAUACGGAUGCGGGUGGUGCUGUGGGUUAAACCACAGAGCCUAGGACUUGCCGAUCAGAAGGUCCCACGACGGGGUGAGCUCCCGUUGCUCAGUCCCUUUCCUGCUCCUGCCAACCUAGCAGUUCGAAAGCAUGUCAAAGUGCAAGUAGAUAAAUAGGUACCGCUCCGGCGGGAAGAUAAACGGCGUUUCCGUGCGCAGCUCUGGUUUGCCAGAAGCGGCUUAGUCAUGCUGGCCACAUGACCCGGAAGCUGUACGCUGGCUCCCUCGGCCAAUAAAGCGAGAUGAGCGCCGCAACCCCAGAGUCAUCCGCGACUGGACCUAAUGGUCAGAGGUCCCUUUACCUUUUUACUGCGCAUAUACAGAUCUACAGACUGAAAUCUGGGCAACAAGUGUUUAAGUUUAAAACACUUAGAUCAAACUGGGGGUUUGAAGUAGUGAAUAUUUGCCCGAGAUCAUUUGAGAUCUUGCAAUAUAACUUCUCUUGCAUGACAGCCUUGUUUAUGGUGAAGAGAAGUGUGAAGGAAACUAAGAAGCAGAAAAGUUUUAUUCUAUAUUGUUAUUUUAAAUUAGCCCAGUUCAGCUCUGUUUUGUUUUUAAAAGUGUGUUAUUAUUUGUCAAGGUUGGGGCAAUAAAUUGCCUAUGGUUUUAGUAUUUAAUUGUUCUUUUUUCCCCUUCCCUUCACAGACGUCGGUUGAUUUCCCAAAGGUCUUCACUGGAGACUUUAGAAGAUAUUGAGGAAAAUGCUCCUUUACGGAGGUAACUAUAACUAUACAGAGUGUAUGCAUGUUGAAAUGAUUCUGCCACUGGCAUGCCUUGGCAAAAGGCUCUGCCGGCUUGCUCACCAACUCCUCUGCCACUCUCCCCACAUUAAUCCCCUCGCUUCCCACUAAGCUACUAUUAACCCCCCUUUUCAUCUUCUCAACCUUAUUUUUGAAGCCACUGCCCUCUUCUGAUCUGCAACCCCGCUUUGCACCUGUUUCCACCGUCAUCCCCAUGUACAGGCCAGGGCUUUACAUGUGAAUGUCUAAGAACUCUGCUGGAUCAGACCAGAGGCACAUCUAGUCUAGUAUUGUUCUCAAAGUGGCGAACCAGGUGCCCACAGGAACCACAUAACUAGGACUUGAGCGCGGUAGCUCUCUCUAUCUGCUCUUUCUAUUCCCCUUCCCCUUUGCCAUUUAUUUUGACAUUUGUUAGAAUUUGGACCACUACAGAACUUCUUUAAAACUGAUAUUGUUCCACCCAAGAACAUGUGAAAUAAUUGUAGGGGCAGGGGGUGAGGGAAGAGAUCAGGGCUGUGUCCAUCCCUACUCCUUAUGUGCUUAGGUCACAAGGGAUUCUGUGCAUGCAAGGUUGACCCAAUACAUUUUGUGGGUUGAGAUGAAGGAAAAGAUGUCCCUGCCCCACAUUACACAUAGCGUAGAAGUGAACUGGAUUGGUUCCACAGCUCCUACCACACUAGCUUCUGCUGGAAGGGCUGACCCUCUUCCGUAUGCAUAUACAGUGGUACCUCGGGUUACACACGCUUCAGGUUACAUACCCUUCAGGUUACAGACUCCGCUAACCCAGAAAUAGUACCUCGGGUUAAGAACUUUGCUUCAGAAUGAAAACAGAAAUUGCAUGGCAGCGGCGCGGCAGCAGCAGCAGGAGACCCCAUUAGCUAAAGUGGUGCUUCAGGUUAAGAACGGACCUCCAGAACGAAUUAAGUUCUUAACCCAAGGUACCACUGUACAUCAGGCAUAGGCAAACUCGGCCCUCCAGAUGUUUUGGGACUACAACUCCCAUCAUCCCUAGCUAACAGGACCAGUGGUCAGGGAUGAUGGGAGUUGUAGUCCCAAAACAUCUGGAGGGCCGAGUUUGCCUAUGUCUAAUACAGUAUAAGUCCUGCCACAUUGGCUUCUUUAUAGGUUACAAUGUACACGUAUAGCAAGCUUGUAGAACUUAUUCCAGACCAAGGUCCACAUUUUUUCAUGGGCAACCUUCCAAACACCACAUGCCACUGGGGACAAAAUUGGGCACAGCCUCAGGCAAAAGUGAGCAGAGGAUUAACUCAGUUCAGGAACACAUUCCAUCCAGGCAAAAGCACUCGGGGAAUGAGGCCUUGAGGGAGAAUGUGUGGCCAGGGGAAAUUCUCAAGGACCAAAUAGAAAGGGGGCUACAUUUGGCCCCCUAGAUUUGACGGUCUCCACCCCUGCCUGAUAUAACAAGGAAGUGAGACUAGCAAGCGCAAUUUAAAUAGGUUAUGUGUGAAGAGUCCUCACAGAAUACAGACUCUGUUAUAGAAUUGUUUCAGCUUGGUCAGUGCAAAAAGAAUGUAAACAUUGGAGCUCUUUACAAGUACUGUUUUGAUCACUGAUGAACAUUCACUCCACAAGGAACUUCUUGGGACUGCUGAAGUGAUACGCAUGGCUGUUUGGGGCACACCUUAUAUAAAUACAAUGUUCUUUGACAACUCGUAGCUUUUAAGGUCUCUGUCCUGUAGCAUCCGUCAUUUCAUGCCAAAUAUAUUCAUAAUGCUGCAAACAUAGGUGCCUCCAGAAGGCAAAUUCGUUUGUAAAGACCUGUAGUUAGCCUGCUGAUGCAGUAUGCUCUGUGAUACUAUGUACCCUGUUAGAAUCCAAACGCUGCAUGACUGACUAAUAAUCUGUUUACCAAUUCAGGAUAAUGUUGCUCUUUCAUCAAAGCAUUUGUGUUCACCAAGGACAGAGGAUCAACUGUAGCUGGGGCUUUGAUAGGAACCCAAAACAAGCUCAUAACAUGAGGCAGCCUUGCUCAGAGUCAAAGAACUGUUCAUUUACAACCCUUUCUUUUUUAACAUGAUGCGAAUUAUUUACAAAGACAAAAUAAAGAAAUGAAUAACUUGCCAAUCUCAUCCUUCUAUAAGGUUAGAAAGGGACACAAACUUUGAACUUGCUUGUGAUAAACAGAAAAUAUUUUUAUCAUUUGUGUUUGUCCUAGGUUUCCUAUACGAAAAUGAGCUAAUAGAAACCAUCACACUAACUGUUUGCUAUCCUUGGAAUUUGUUACGCUUGCCUGGCCAAUACAUGCCUUGCUUUCAUUCAUCCAAAGGGUGUUCAGAUUUUUUCCAUUGUACUUUUUAACAUCCUUUACUACAUUUUUCCCAGCUUUUUAAAUUGCUUGUUUCAAAGGAUCCUUACUGUAUCCAGGUGCACACCAUAACCAGUAAUUUAUUUUGUUUUAUGAAGAAACAUAAACUAAAAAAAAGCUCUUAUUGAAAUGCACUUGCAGUUGAUAAUGGAAGAAAUGUGAUUGAUAUGAUAUGAUAUGAUAUGAUAUACGUGUUUUAGCAGUAUAAUUACCAUAUUGGCCUGAAUAUAAGCCGCACCCGAAUAUAAGCUGCACCUUUAAAAUUGGAGGGGGCGGGGAGAAAAAAAUACCUGAAUAUAAGCUGCUCCAUUCCUCGCUGCUCCUGGCUGCAUGUGGGGGGGGGCUGCGUUGCCAGCGGCCUUUUCACUUCCUUCCUUUUCCCCUUCCCAGCCUUGGGGGAGAGGAUGGGGACUACGAGUGGGGCUGGCGCCGUGCUCCUGGCACUGUUUGCCCUGCGCUCCUGGCUGCAUACCCUAAGGUCACAAAUAUAAGCCGCACUUUAAUUUUUCACUGUCGGAAUUUGAGAAAAAAGUGAGGCUUAUAUUCAGGCUAAUACGGUAUUUAAAAAGUAACACACCCUGUGCAUUUUGCCUGUGGUAUAGCCCCUUGGCAAGACAAAAAUUUUAUAAAGUUCUCCAUAGGUCAAGGCCUGAGUAAUUUAGCUUAUCAGUAUUUACUACUGAAAUCCACCCAAUUCAAACUGAACAGAACCGUUUCCCCAUCUCCUAAGGGGCAAAAAAACUGAAUAGCAAAAUCCGUUGCUUUUUCUUAAUGAGACUGUUCUUUUUAGACCGUAUGUAACAAAGCAUUCAUGAGAGCAUUGUGAAGUGCAGUCAUAAAUUAUUCAAAUGCAGCUAUAAUUGCCCAAAGAAAUAAAUAAUGUUUAAUAUUUCAGAUUGUUUACUCGUGGUUCUCCUUCCAGUGGACUUCUGUUCGCAGUGGGGAUUCUUUUAAUUGGAGCCCAUUGUGACUGCUGAUAGGAAUAGUUGAGUGGAGGGAGAAACGGCAGCAGGAAAAGCUAUGCCUGCUGAAAGCCUGUCUUCUGCACAACUAUUAAAGGUGCAGGAGCCCUGUCCUCUUUUCAUCUGGCUAACCUGCCUAAAGCUCAAACAAUGGCCCUCCAUCAAAUACAUUGGAUUUAAGAUUGCUUGUCAGCAAGGGGCCAUGUGAAAAUACACUUUUGAAGCUGAAAACAUGCUCUCUGUGUGCUAUCGGAUCCCUUCACUUCCAUCUCUCGUUGUCAUAUUUUUGUGUGUCCGUUACAUCAGUGCAUUUAUCCUAUACACCUCUCAUGUCUAUCCUCCGAUCCCUUCCUAGACCACCGUAUCCACAUGUCACAAUUCAUGCACCAUCUGUUGCCAAUCAGUCCUCAGUUAAUUGUGCUUUAUCCUUUGCCCUUCCUCUGUUGGGUGCCUUUUAUCUUUCCCUUCCCUUUGGUCCUACACAUUACCUAGACGUAACACCUUUCCCAUUCUAUCGUGCGUUUUGCACCACUUUCCUACAGUUUAGGUUGUGCACACAUUACUGGCUUUACACCCAGGGCAUUCUUUUUCUCUCUCGCAAUAAUCAAAUCUGGUCUUAAGGGAAAUGUAUCACAAUGCAGUAUUUUAUAAGAAACAACAGGAUAGAUACACAUUGUGGCUAAUUUUGUGUAUAGAUCACUUCCCAAACCAGGGGUGGGAGCAAACUGGAUGCAGGGUAAAUGGGAGUGUGUUAACAGACUUAAAAGAGGAGGAAAAAGAGGAAGCAAACAUAUUUUAGAGAAGACCUCCUUGCACAAUCCAGUUACUUUUGUUAGCAAAAGGAACUUUACCCAUUAUGAAGUGUUUAAAAACUGAAAAACAUUUUGGUUUGCACUAUUACAGAGAAUUCUGAUGGUUAUGAAAAGACACAUCAUUCUUCCAUUUCCCUAUCUCAUCUUUCCUAGGAUCUGUAACAGAAUCCAGGAAGUUCUGUUUUUCAUUUUUAAAUAUAUUGCUUCAUUCUAUUAUUUUUUUAAGCCCCUUUUGUUUCUAGACAUUCUUGUUUUCGUUAUUGCUACAGACUCCUGAGUGGGGAGGAUGGUGAACUGAAUAAUUUGUCUGGUCUUUCCUUCCUGCCUUUGUGUUGAGAUAUUUUGGCUAUUCAGCAGAGAACUUAAUUGGUUUCAAUUGCUUUAUUUUUCAGAUGCCGGACUCUGUCAGGCUCACCCAGACCAAAGAACUUUAAGAAGGUUCAUUUCAUCAAAAACAUGCGACAGAAUGAUACAAGGAAUGGAAGGUAUUUUGCAGGCAAAGAGCAGUGUGCCUUUGUAGGAGACAAUGGUCAUCUUUUACAUGUGGAAAUUGGAUUCUGUAUGCAGAUCACCACAUUUCCUAGUGCAAGAAUCCUCUGCAAGGAAAAGCAAGACAUAGCCAGAGAAUUACCUCUGUAUUCUGUAGUCUUCAAGCUGGGCUACCUGGUAAAAAAAAAAUCAUGUAAAAAUCAUUGCCCCAGGAUCCGCAGUGGCAAAUUAUCCACUGCCAAGUGGUAGUGUGUACAGGUGCUUACUGAGCAGGAUUAACCCACAGUGAGAGCAACCUCCCCAUCCUGGGCUACCACUGGAUGUGGGUGGGGCUGCUAGCCACACAGUAUGCAGCAUUGCAGGUGAGAGUUUAUACACUUUGCGGUUGAAGGAGAGAAGCUUUGUCCCAUGGAUGCUUAUCUCUAUGCUGCCUGUAACAUGGUAGCCAGACAUUAUCUGUCUGGCAAAGCACAUUGGCAAGAGAAGCAGUUGAAAUAAAUUUCUCUUCUUGGUUAACACUUUUGGUGUAUGCUCUAUAGGUGCGGGAAUUACAAAGGGAGGCGUGUUAUAGGGAGAUAAAAUACUACGCAAAGAGCCUCACUUGGGUUUUAAAAAUAGUCAGCAGGUGCCCUAGAAGCCAACUGAUGUUACGUUGGGUGAGCAGCAGCCAUCAAGAACCUCCAGGUAUGAAAAGUACAGAACAGAGAGUGGGACCAAAGCACAAUGUUGCUUGCAAGGUUCUAUCCAAGAGUGGAUGUCUCUUCUGGUGCUUGCUAAGCUUUUGGAAGUAGUCAGGAUGAAUGUAGGGGGAUAGUCAAGCCAAGGAAUUUCAGCAGCCUGCCUGAGGGGCUUUUGGUGGGUGAGGAGAUACAGUACAUUGAGUGCUCCAAGCACCCAGUAGCUUUGGGUGCUAAAAUGCCUUUGGAAAACAGAGAGCUCCUUUUUAGUAGCUAGAUCCUUUGUCAGCCAUUAGCAAUGAGAUGUGUUCCAACUUGUGAAAAAAAUAAGGUAUUGUUUUUGUGUUUAUGAAACUCGCCUGAGCCGUUUUGUGUUGCCGGUUUAAGAACUCUGCUUCUGCCUCAGCAGUAGGCCACACUUCUGUUCAAUCCUGUUUCCCAGCAUGAUUAAUGUUAGAGGUGGACCAGAUAGUUCAACAUGCUUCAGAUUAAGAGUACAGCACACUGCAUUGUAGAAACAUAGGAAGCUGCCUUAUACCAGGUCAGCCUGUUUGUCUAUCUAACACAAUAUAUCCUACUCUGAUUGGCAGCAUUGAGACAUUGAGGUCCUUCACAUCUUCUGCUGCCUGAGGCUUUUCAGCAGCAGUGCCAGGACUGUAGCAUGAGAUCUUCUGCAUUCAAAGUGUGUGCUCUCCCUCUGAGACUUCCCCUAAUGUUCAUAGUGAGUUUUCUUUUGUUGUGUAGUAUCAAAGAUACCGUAUUUUUCGCCCUAUAGGGCGCACCGGCCAAUAGGGCGCACUUUUUUUUGGGGGGGAAAUAAAGGGGGGGAAUUAAUUCCCCCCCCCCGAGCCCCAAAGAGCAAAGAAGCCAUGACAGCGAGCGGGAUGGAUCCCACUAGCUGUCCGGGAUUCGUUUUUAGCCUCGGGGCUGGGAGCGAAGGCUAGGUUGCGCAACCUCGCCAUUGCUCACGGAGCUUGCGAGGCUGGGGGCGGGGGAAGCUCGGGCUUCCCCCGACCCCAGCCCCCAGAACAGGCUGCUAUCCGCAAGCCUUGGGAGCCCAGCGGGAACUCCCGUGGGUCCCAAGGCUUGCGGAUAGCUUCCUGAAGCCUGGAGAGUGAGAGGGGUCGGUGCGCACCGACCCCUCUCGCUCUCCAGGCUUCAGCGAAAGCCUGCAUUCGCCCCAUAGGACGCACACACAUUUCCCCUUCAUUUUUGGAGGGGAAAAAGUGCGUCCUAUAGGGCGAAAAAUACGGUAUUUGCCCCACUCAUGUGACUGAACAUGCUUUGAAAUACCUUUGGGUAUUUGCCUCCUUGUAGAGCUAUAGGCUAACUAAAUCCUUUAUAUGUGUGAAGUUUCAACAAUGGUUUCUGUUUCAUCACGAAUACUAAAAUUAAAGGGAAAUGGCUGAUCACUAUCUGCAUCUUGUUCUAUAUUCCGAUGCUGUGCUUUGUAGGAAGUUUUCCUCUUUGCUCGCAAUAGGACAACACAAUUAAAAGUAGAAUUGCGUGCUAAUGAUGAUUUAUAAUCCUCACCUGAAGGGUGAAGAGUUCAUUGUAAGUUCUUCCUGAUGUUCACUGCUAGCACAAUUGCAUGCUGAGGUUAAAGGGACAUUCCUAGUAGGUUGGUAUCUAACAUGGCCUAUUCCCUCCAGUUCUGUCUGCAUUUACAGUUGGAAGCCUUGCACAUUUCAUGCAAAAUUCAUUGCGUACAGGGACAUUAGAUUGCAUGCUCUGAAAAGGCUGGCACGUCAGAUGCUUUUGCAGACUUAAUUACUGCUCUGAACUGCAGUAGUUAGUGUAAAAUUUGUGCGAAAACACAGUGGAGUGAAGCCAUCUGUUUGAUUUUGGAUCUCUUAAUGCAGAAGUGGUUGUAUUGUCAUCUGUUCGGCAGACUCCAAUUAUCGUUGCAUUUAUGAACUCUGGACUAGAGGACCCAUUUAUUUCUCAACCAUUUCUGGCACAGCACUGUGUUUAAAAAACAAAAAUAAAACACAGCUGUCUGACCCAUUAAUAGUUUCCCUUGGGCUUCCUUGUCAAAGAUAUGUGAAGUUAUGAAAGUGACAAAAAACCUGUGACAGUUGUUGGUUUUUUUCCUGGAGGUUUAUGCCAAUAACCAGAUCAAAACAUCCAAAAACAGAUACUUCUUCUCUCUCUCUCUCUCUCUCUCUCUCUCUCUCUCUUUCACACACACACACACACACACACACACUCUCUCUCUCUCUUUCGUAAAUACAUUAUUUGUAGGACUCAAAGUAAACCAUGUUGGAACAAGUGAAGUAGGGUUACCAACUUGCUUUUAUUCCAUUUCUUUAGCCAAAUUAAGAGGACCAGCUUCUGCGUUACUAAAGCCACUCUCCCCCCCCCUCCCGUUGUCCGUUUGAAUCUCAGAAUGGUGCAGAGAGAGCAGAGUAAUGGUGGAUACGCAUUGGCUCAAGUCCCAAGCUUUUCAUUCUGCACCCAGACUGCUAUGCAUAAGGCUCUUUCCCCCCUUUGUCCCACUGGAGAUAUGAUUACUAGUGAUCUCUCUUAAAGCACUGAUAACCAAGUGUUAAGCCUCCUUUGUCCUAUGUCAGUUUAUGGUGCUUGGCCUGUCAGAUGUUGGUAAGCGCAACAUACAGUGCAGUUUAUGAGUGAGAAUAGAUCCAAUUCGUCUGCAACAGUGCAAUAGAAAGAAAAGUAGGAUAGCGGAAAGCAGUUUUUGCCAAGCAAAGUUUUAAGUUUGAAUUGAAUUGAAUUGCUGGAUUUGCUACCCUCUAUCAUAGCCUUUACUUUAUUUGUUUUCUAGAAUAGUCCUUAUUAGUGGCAGAAGAUCCUUCUGCAGCAUAUUUUCAGUGCUGCCAUAUCGGGACUGUAGCCAUGUUGGGUAUGUAUAUUUGUUUCAUACCUGUUGAGUUUUUCUGGGUAAAUGUUAUGUGCUACAUGCAUCAGGGAUGUUGCAGAUGACAUUUCUAAAAAAAUGGUAAACUUAAUUAGAAAUGUUUGCCCAUGACAGAUGAUCAGUAUCUGCACUUCCAAAAGAAGUGAACAGGAACUGCAGUUUUUCUUCAGCAUUUCAGAUCUUCAGUUGGCCUUAUCACAACGUGGCAUACUCUGAACCAAGUGAGAAGCUGCUGUAUGCUAUGACUAGGAAUGGAUUGUCUUUGAAAUCAAAGCAAGUUAUAUUGUUAUUUGUGAUGUACAGAGUAUAAGCGAUGUCUUAUCUGAUGUGCGACUGACCGCACUUCACACCAUUUGAAUUUGCUAACAAUGCAUUAAUAGUGUGGUGUAUCUGAAAUAAAAGUUUUUUAUAGAUAGAGGUUGCACUUCAGACCAAAUGCAAUCCUUUAAUCAUACAGUGGUACCUCAGGUUAAGUACUUAAUUCGUUCCAGAGGUCCGUACUUAACCUGAAACUGUUCUUAACCUGAAGCACCACUUUAGCUAAUGGGGCCUCCUGCUGCUGCCGCGCCACCAGAGCACGAUUUCGGUUCUCAUCCUGAAGCAAAGUUCUUAACCUGAAGCACUAUUUCUGGGUUAGCGGAGUCUGUAACCUGAAGCGUAUGUAACCUGAAGCGUAUGUAACCUGAGGUACCACUGUACUUCUGGGCUGUUCUGUCAGCUCUCAAAAAUCGCUUGCUUUUUCUUUUUUUUUUAAAUGGUUCGUGAAAGGCCUGGUGGUGUACCACCUGCACAACCAUUGCACUAGAGAUGAAGGAUUGUAGUGCCAACGCAGUGCCACAACUUCAAACUGGCACCAGUACAAUCACGUUCCUUGGCACUACAACACAGUGGGCUUUUACCCUUUCAAGUGGCCCAAGGGACUGUUGAAAGUCCAUGCUUUUGACACGGCCUUGCAGUAUGUUCUGACAAAGCUUGCUUCUGUAGACUGUACCUCAACGUUUUAUUCAUUUGGUACUGUCUCAUCUGUACUGUACUUGUUGGCAUCGGUCUCAGGAGACAGUGGAAGAGUAUGCCUUUGGGAGUAAAGUCAAACCAUGGUAGUUACAGCGCCUGCUUUUGGCUGUAGAGACCAAUACAGGAGAGACGUGUUUUGUUGUAGCUGGAGCAAAUGAAGGCGCCCGUCGUGCUGCACCUCUGUGCUCAUCCCAGCGGUCAUUCUUUCUCUGGUCACUGCUGUGGAUGCACAACCUGACUGUCUUGUUGUCUGCAAGGGAUUCUCAUAUGGCAGGGUUAAUGUUGCCAGCCUGUACUGUCCUCUACCUUCCCUUCACUUACCAUACCACUCUCAGGAAGGGCUUCCUGAGGACAGUAUAUUUUUAGGCAAAGUAUUGUGUCCCUCCUCCUCCUCCUUUGGGUCCAAGCUCUUCUGAUGGUCUUAAAAUAAUAAUAAUAAUAAUAAUAAUAAUAAUAAUAAUAAUAAUAACAGCAACAACAUUUCUUGUGCCAGGUAUGCUUCUGGCCCCAUCCAUCACUAGCAGGUUUCUACAUGCAAGCUUUAAAGGUUAAAACAAACACUUUAAAUUGUGUCCAGAAAUUAAUUAAAGGCCACUGGAGCUCUUUUAAUACUGGAGAGAUGCUCUCAGGGGCUUGUAUCAGAUAGCGUGCACCUACUUUUUCAAAUUCCUCUUCUGAAACUGGCAUUUGCCUUUGUACCAGUGAGAGAUUCCUCCUCCUCCUCCUCCUCCUCAUUAUUAUAUUUUUACCCCACUCAUCUGACUGGAUUGCCCUAGCCACUCUGGGCAGCUUCCAACAAAAUAUAAAAACACAAUACAUUAAAAAACUUCCCUAUACAGGUCUGCCUUCAGAUGUCUUCUAAGAGUCAUGUAGAUGUUUAUGUCUUUGACAUCCAAUGGGACGGCGUUUCACGGAGCACCUACUCCAAACAAAUCCAGCUUCUGGGGAGGAAUCUUCCUCAGGUCUGCAGGAGGAGAGGAAGGAGUAAAAUUUCACUCAUAUGCUGUAGUCAUCCUCUAUACACAACUAACAACUAUUUUUAUUUUCAAAAAUGGUAUGUCACAUUUAAGGUCACAUUUAAUUUGACCCUUACACUCGGUUUCCAUGAAUUUGAAAUACAGACUAUUAUAAGACUUCAUCUGCCUACCCCAAGGGUGGAGAACCUUAUACUGUCAAAGGAUUAAUCUGCUGAGGCCUGCAUGAUGGCUGUACACAGGAACCAAAAGAGAGCAGGGCUACCCCUUUUCUUUCUGUCAGCCCCUUCUUUCUCCUUCUUCCACCCCACCCAGCUUCCCCCCACCUACAGAAAGUUGGUGCCACACGCAGCUCUUUGGCCACGGGGUCCUUCCCCAGGUCUCAUAAGCAGGAGCCCCCCAUAUUUUGAACUGCAUGUAAAUACAGUGCAUAAGAUUUCAAAAAAGCAUUGUGUUCUGAGGCUUCUGUUGUUGCACAGAGCAUUGGCUUUUCAAUUUUGUUCCCAGGUUUAAAAAAAACCUGGUUAAUUUUUAAUUGCGCUUUAAAUUAUUCACAUGCUGGAGUGUUCGGCCAUUGUUCUCCCUUAAAGAGAGAAUGCCCCGCAGAACUCCUGCAUAGAUUUUUAUAGGUCUGUAUCCAUAUUCAGAUAAUCCAAUAAAUGUUAUUUCUGCUUAAUGAUACAACUGUGCUUGCUUCCCUGGGCAAGAGUAUUCUGAUUUUGUGUUCAUUAUUAGUAUUAGCAUAUAAAAUUUUGGCAAGAGAGUCCUGUUCUACAUAAUUAUCAUUUUCUUACUUGUGUUUGAGAAAUGGCAUUGAGUGCACAAACAAAUGGCAUUGAACAAACAAGAUUUAUAUCUAGUUACAUGCAAAAUAUAUUAACCACUGGCUUCUGCUUCCCAGGGAUAUGAAAGCAGAAGGUGGGAGGCCAUGCCAUUCUGCGGCAGGAGUUUGCUUGAAAGACAUAGUUGGCCUUGAAGGUGUGGAAUUGGGAGCCAAUGGGAAGGUAAGACUACUUAUCCUACCAACAUAUAAUCUCGUGAACCAAAUGUCAAAUCACAUUUGUAUCCUACAGUUACUAUUUCUUAAGCAACAGUAUUCUCUUAUUUUUUUUAGGAAACAGUGAUUUCUAAGCAUCUGUAAAAAUUCAGAACAUUCAGUUCUUGAAAUUCAAGUUUAAAGUAAACAGGUUCUAUGCAUGAGCUUCCAUGUUGUGGAGCAAUAAAAAAAAUCAACAUUGUGUGUCUCUUUUUCUUCUUCUUAGACUGUUUCUUAUACCCAGUUUCUCUUCCCAACCAACGCUUUGGGAGGACGAAGAAACACGAUAGACUCCACCUCAUCCUUCUCACAAUUUCGCAAUGCAAGCCAUCGUAGCCUUUCAUUGGGAAGGGCUAACAGCACCCAAGGGAGCAUGGAUGGAGGUAACAUUUUAGAAUACAUGUGCAUUUGAAUCCUCGGCCUAAAUGGAACUUUGUGGAAUAGAUUGGCGUGAUUGUCUUCAGCUGCAUUCUGUGAACCUGUGCACCCCUUCCCAAGCCCAUGAGAUCUAGCUAUCACACAACCCCUAGGCCCCACAACAGCUGCGGACCCUUCUAAUAUUGUUGGAAGAUUUAGUGGUAGCUCAUGACUGACACUCAGGGAACCCUGGAACUGUUUAAGCUGUAUCUACCAGCAGCAAGCAUUUUUGGCCGUUGUUGCGUGACCUAUGGACUGUGCACUCUCUUGAGUCCAAAUAUGUUAGAGGCUUGCUCAAUGCAGUGCAGCCAUUUGUACAUUAGGGCUUUCAUUAACAUUGUUCUAUCUUCAGUAAGUCCACUUAUGAACAUUAUUUGGAAAAAAUAAAUAUCCAUUGCUGUCUAUUAAUGGAGCCGAUUUAAAAUUCAUAGAUUACAUUUUGAUCAUUCAGGUAGGAAGCCUGUAAUAUUUCCCAAUGCACAUCUUCUGGCUUGUUUGGUUAAGUAUGUUGCUUUUUUUGCUUCAGUGCUCCUUGCCCAUCCCUAGAUUGCCACUGAAGACCACAUAAACAUUCACCUUCACAGUUUUAACUAUAUACUUCAGAAGCUGAAUUGCCCAUGCAAAGGCAGUGUUCUGCAAUUCGACUGUAAGCUUGUCUUCCGUUAUUUAUUAUUUUAUGUGUCUCACAUUACCUUAUGCAGUUGCUUGUAUGCAUUGAUCUUCUUCAUAGGCAGUGACCUGGGAGAUUAUAUUGAGUACGACCCUAAUCUUUUGGAUGAUCCUCAGUGGCCGUGUGGGAAGCACAAGCGGGUGCUAAUAUUCCCUUCAUAUAUGGUGAGUAGUGUUUGAUAAUGUGACAAAAUUGAACGUGAACUAUACACCGGCUAAAACUUUGAAGCCUUAAUUUGUCUUACUUAAACUGAUUGCUCUUUAUCUCUGCUGAGAGUAACAACUUACGAAUCCUAGUUACAAAUGACAAAUGCUUUGCCUUUUGGGAUAUGAAAGCUGCUGUGGAUCAAUGAAAGGGCAAACGACAUUAUGCUACUGUAUUUCAUUGGCCGAAAAUCUAAGGUUUGUCAUUUAGUUAGUUUUUUACAGUCAUACCUUGGGUUGCGAAUGCUGUGGGUUGCGCGUUUUCAGGUUACGGACCGCACCGAAUCCGGAAGUACCAGAACGUGUUACUUCUGGGUUUUGGUGCAUGCGCAGUAGCGCCAAAUCGCAUCACGCAGGUGUGCAGACGCGGCGCUGCGGGUUGAGAACGUGCCUCCCGCACGGAUCACGUUCGCAACCCGAGGUUCCACUGUAUUUUAUUCAAAGAACGUAACUAUUUUCCUACUCCGCUCCUCUCGCCCACUCACUCUCUCCUUUUGAUGUUAGUCUCUUUCCCACACGCUUUAUACAUGAACACAGCAUACGAAGAUAAAACAUGGCGCCCAUUGUCACAUCUAAUUUGGCUCUUAAAACUACUGUAUACAGUAGCAGAUAGGCCUGUAGUCCUGAAUAGAAUACAGCUUUAAUUACCCCAUUUCACAAGUGGGCAGAGUAAAGAGUAGCCCUUAUGUCAGCAUGGAACAUUUUGUUCUCUCUGUGUUGAGCUCCGGUGUGUAAUUAAACUUUCAUUAGUUGGCAGGCUUUUGUCAUUAGAGCUUGGCAGCUGCAGCCCUGUAGAAAUUAUUGUCUCUUAUGGGUGUGCCCACAAACUAAGUGAAGUGAGUGAGACCAGGAAACACACACACACACACACACACACACACUCGUAUUGGGGUGUGGGAGCACUGAGACAUAUGAGAUGGUCUGAACAAGUAGUGGUGUAAAUUGGCUUUUGUCCACUGCAUUCAGAAUAGAGCAACAGUUGGGCAUUGUCUCAUCUGUUAUUCUAGCCUUUUGAAUAGAAUGCUGUCAGCAGGAUGGAUGGAAUUAUAACAGACCAAAUGACAACUGCAGAAUUUGAUAUAAUAAUAAUAAAUAAUAAUUUAAUUUAUAUCCCGCCCAUCUUGCUGGGUUUCCCCAGCCACUCUGGGCGGCUUACAACAUAUAUAAAAACACAGCAAAGCAUCAAGCGUUAAAAAACAAAAUAUCCUAUAUGAGCAACAAAUAGAAACCAAUAAUAAUAACAACAUGAUAACAACAGUAAUAACAUUAAUGAGGUGAAAGAGACACCAUGUGGUGCAUUUUCAUCAGCAAUAUCAAGAAUGUAGUUUAGUCUGGAACUUGUCACUUGAGAUUGUGUUCUAGGAGGGUAGACUUGACUCUUGUCUUGUGCUGGAACCGCAGUUUCCACCAACUGGAACUGGAUGCAGAAGUCAUACCCUUAGAAUUAAAUAUAAUUGUGUUUAUUUGUAAUUGCUGAAAGAGUACCAGGAGCUCAGUCUUUGCACAUACAAAUUUGGAGCUGGUUACCCCCAAUUUCAGUAUUUAUUUGGAGUGGGGUAGGAAGAGAGUGUAAUUUAGCUUUGCUGUAGUUUAAUAAUUGGGAGUCAGGAAUCCUUGCUGAUCUACUGCACAUCACCCAGAGAUGUACCAGUAAAUCCCAAUCUUCUCCCCACCAUACUUUAGGAGGGACAAAAGAGAAGCUUAGACUGCAGUUUGGCUACAUUUGAAUUGCCAUAUUUUCCCCCUGAUGGAAUCUCUGUGCUUUUAAAACACCUGAAUAGCAGGCAAAAAUACAACAGAGGCUGCUUGCCAACAAAUAUUCUUCUUAAACCAGGAACAUGUUCUAUAAUAAAUCAUCACACAACCAUCUGCCAUAGGAAUCAUAGAAGCAGCAGACUUUUAUUUUAUUUUUAUUUUUUUAAAGUUGGUACAAUUUUCCUUUUUUUAUUUGCUGCUGUUUACAAUGUGGCAACAUGCAAGCAGUUGGUGGAGACAGGCACUUUUCAGACUGAUUAACUGUUUCAGUUUUAUGUGCCUUCUUGAUUAUAAUCCUGUAUCUAGGAUACUAUAAGGGAUGCAAAUGUGUAAUAUUGAUUUACUGAGAACACUUAAAAAGUACAAGCUGGUGAUAAUUCUAUUGGCAAAUGUCAUUUGUGCUUUCCAUGUAGAGGCACCAAAUAUUUUAUUCCUGCAGUACAGUCUGGCAUAAAAUAUUCAGUUGCCUUUUGCAGUGAUCCUUUUCUUCUGGUGAUGAUAAAAGGAAGCCCCAAGACUGUAUUUAAAAUUCUGUCACAGACCUUGGGCACAUAAAGUAUUCAUAAUUUCCAUGAAGCAGAGAGCCACAACCACAGCUGCUCUACAUUAACUAGGUACUCUCUUUCUCUUAUCCUUUAUACUACAUACAGGCUUCACGGUACAGUGGUACCUCGGGUUAAGUACUUAAUUCAUUCCUGAGGUCCGUACUUAACCUGAAACUGUUCUUAACCUGAAGCACCACUUUGGCUAAUGGGGCCUCCUGCUGCUGCUGCGCCGCCGGAGCACAAUUUCUGUUCUCAUCCUGAAGCAAAGUUCUUAACCUGAAGCACUAUUUCUGGGUUAGCAGAGUCUGUAACCUGAAGCGUAUGUAACCUGAAGCGUAUGUAACCCGAGGUACCACUGUACUGAAUUGUGGUAUCACAGUUGCACACACAUAAUUCAUUCUUUCAGUUUUAAAAAGCUACUAGCACAAACACUGAUGAAUGGGUUCAGUCCAAAGCAAUUUAGUCAGGGUUAAACCACAGAGCCUAGGACUUGCCGAUCAGAAGGUUGGCGGUUCGAAUCCCCGCGACGGGGUGAGCUCCUCUUGCUGGGUCCCUUCUCCUGCCAACCUAGCAGUUCGAAAGCACAUCAAAAAGUGCAAGUAGAUAAAUAGGUACCGCUCUGGUGGGAAGGUAAACGGCGUUUCCGUGCGCUGCUCUGGUUCGCCAGAAGCGGCGUAGUCAUGCUGGCCACAUGACCUGGAAGCUGUACGCCGGCUCUCUCGGCCAAUAAAGCGAGAUGAGCGCCACAACCCCAGAGUCGCUCACAACUGGACCUAAUGGUCAGGGGUCCCUUUACCUUUACCUUUAAUUCCCAUAGAAAACACUGGGACUUGAGAUGAUUAUGGUUUUCUUUUUUACAUUAAUUUCAAUGUAAAGCACAACUGGAUCCAAACUCAUUGUGUUUUGACAAUUGAGAGAAGGCAUGACAUUUGACAAAUGAAUCAGUUGGAGGAAGAGCUGUAGCUCAGUGAUGGAGCGCACAGUUUGUUUGCAGAAGUUCCACUGCCCAGUCCAUGCACCUCCCAGUUGGGCUGGGGAAGACCCCUACCUGACAGCUAGUUAAGCUGCUGACAGUCACUGUUAACAGGACUCAGUCACAGUGCCUGACGUUUUGCAGAGUGAUUUUACCAGCUAUGAACCAAAUCUGUAGGUCUGGUCAUGAAUAUUUCCAUCUACAUUUAUGGCAUUUGAGUGCAGCUCAAAGCACCCAUGAAUGGAGCGACUUCAUUUAGACCACAACUGUUGCUGCCACAUGAUAUUAAGUAUUCAGACAUAGAAAAAUGUGCAUGGCUAAUGUUUCUUACAAUAAAAUAAAAAAAUUCCAUCCAGUAGCACCUUAGAGACCAACUAAGUUUGUUAUUGGUAUGAGCUUUCGUGUGCAUGCACACUUUUUGAGAUACAUACACUUUUUCAGAUACAUCUGAAGAAGUUUGCAUGCACACGAAAGCUCAUACCAAUGACAAACUUAGUUGGUCUCUAAGGUGCUACUGGACGGAAUGUUUUUGUUUUGUUUCGACUACGGUAGACCAACACGGCUACCUACCUGUUUCUUACAAUACUUAGAGGGAGCUUUGUGAAGGCUAUGUAUAUAGCAGUUACCUUUCUUCCAAUGGGUUAGUGGCUUGAGUUAUAUUUCUGAUCUUUUUUUCUGGCUUGGAAAUUAUUGUAGAAAACAAGUCUGUCUAGGGAUGGAUAUCCGCUACUUGAUUUUGCUUCAGCUUCUUAUAUUUUUGGUUGCUGGACAACUUCCAAGAGUGAUUCAGAAUAACUUUGUGGAGACUUCUUUGCAAUCUAGUUAUUUGUCUCAAUGGUAGGCCAUGGCAAAGGCUCAGACUGCAGGAGGGCAGCUUAUAGUUUAGCUGUUCAUUCCACCAAAGGCGAUGGCAGGUCACUGCUGUGUUUGCUGUGUCUGGCUGAAGAAUUGAAUGCGCGCCAGGAUAAAUAGCUACCAGUUCCAGUGGAUGCAUGCCAGCUUUUCUCCCAAGUUUAAGUGCUAACAAUAUUUUCAUGUCCUUUGCUUUUUAAGGACAUGCCAUAUGACUUACCAAACCAACCAUAUUCUAAAAGGUAAUAUAAUUUGCUGUUGCAGUUUGAGAAGCUGGAAUGCAAGAGAAAGCUAGCUUUCUUCAGAGAUCCACCCCCAUAUUAAAAGACAGUUAAAAUAAAAUGCAAUAAAAUCAUGUAUACUUUUGUAAGUAAAAUUCUGACUGUUCCGUUCUUGCUCUUUUCUACACAAUAUACAGGCAGAACUGGAGGGUGUUGGUAGCCUUUUCUGUCAAGCACUGAGCCCUAACAAUUGAUGAGAAAUAACAGAAUUAAUAUAUUAAGGGAGGAAGGCCCUUCCAGUAUAAAGGACGUGACACUUAGCAUUCCUCUGAAUUCAUUAGCUUAGUAAGUACUAGUGAUAUUCGUCAUGGGGCACUUUCAUAAAAACAACAACACACGUACACAUGAAUAUCUGAGAGAGGGCACAUCCUUGCCUGAAUUGUUUCUGAACUAAUUUAUAAACCAUUUUGGAAUAUAUUUGUGGAUUUCCCUGCAGGCUUGUGCAGCUUCUCUGUUGUCAUUUACUCAAAAGAAUGCUGAAAGUGUAAUAGCGUAGCACUCAGACUUCUUUUUCUAAACAUGUGUUGCACAAGUGUUAUGCACUUCAGGGAGAAACGGAACUCUGUACUUGGACUUUUGGAGUAGAUAGAAAAGGUCAGCAUCCUGGCCAAACAUAUGUUGUUCUAUAAAGUGUGCUGUGUCACUCAGUGUUCCUGCUAUCCAGAAUUCCAAGGUGCACUUUUCAAACCAUUCUUAGUUUAAAUGAUGCCAUAGAAAAGUGUGUGAAUGGUUUAGCAGUUUUCGUGGGAAGAACAGGCAAAGGCUUUACUUGAAGAAGUAAGAGGAGAGUGACCCAAAGUAUAUACACCUUAAAACUUGUGGCUUCUACAACGGAUGGAGAACCUCUGGCCUUCUAGAUGUUGUUGGAACUAUAACUCCCAUCAUAUCUGAUCAUUGGCCAAGCUUGCAGAACGAUUCUGUACAUGUCUACUCAAAAGUAAACUCCAUUGAUUCAGUGGGACUUAGUCCCAGGUUAAGUGUAUGUUGGAGUGUUGCCUUAAUUACCAAAGAAACAUAGGGCAAGAAAGGAAGUAUAGGCACCUCCGAUAUGUGUGCAAUUGUGCACACGUGCAUCAUGUUUAACCCCAGAGUGACCCAAAAUGUCAGAAAAAGGAGUGGGGUUGGGGCGGAAUAGGGUGUUUGCAGGCUUUUUCAGGAUUGUUUCAAAUAUAUGCAAUUUUACUUAAACAUGCGGUGCCUUGGAACAUAAAUGGGGAGUUGCCUGUAUGUCAAGACAGUCUGUUACUAUUUAAAGUGGUUUCUUAAUCAGAACAACACUAUCUUUAUAUCAGCUUUGGCAAAACUAUGGCAGAAUUUCUAAUAUCAACUUCCUUCACCUGCUCAUCUCUCAGUAUAAUAUAUGUCAUCACUUACCAAGAGUUUCCUCUGCUGUCUACAUCAGACAAGGCAGUCUCUAUGCAAGAGAACAAAUGGAUAGACUUUAUAAAUGGAACCACUGGGAGAAUAUUUUGAGCUACCUAAAUGUCACUAUGCUUCAACAAAAAUACUUUGGAGCAGAGGUUUUCAAUCUUAAUGAGUCCAUGGCUCCCUUGAUCAUCUACAUUCUUUCUGCGGCACCCCUGUGGAGCUCAGGACUCCAGUUAUGUCACCUCUUGCCUGCAGGGCUGGCAGCCUCUCACCCUUUUUCAAACACCCUCCCUUGUAGAAUGUUUCCUCAGCCUCCUCUCCUUGGGAGUCCUCUGGGCAGCCGCUGCUGCUGCUGCCCCUGGUCUGUGAACUGCCCCCUGACCCCAAAGAGAGGUGCCUCCUCACAUUGCCCCACAGGGGCCUGAGAAGAGGAUGCCCUCAGUGUUAAUAGCCCAAAGGAGACUGGCCAAAGGUGAAUGUGAGGCCAGCAUCUUACCUUGGAAGGCAGCAGUGGCAGCAGCAGGCACUGCUGACACUGCAUGGUGGAAAGGCUCCCCUUCAGCAUUGGGCAUUCAGCUCCCAGGCAAGCCUUGCACACAGCAAGAACAAGAAAGGCCAGUGCAGCGCAUACUUGCCUCUCACUUGUCUGUCCAUUCCCAACAGCAAGGGCUAGUGGACUGGCUGACUGGGCUCCCUCGCCCGCUUGCUUGCUUACUCUGAGGCUGCCUCAGCUCCUGGCAACCUGCACCCCCAGCCAGCCCCAGAAGCACCAUUCACCUGGGGAACUUGUAGCCAGGGCUGCUACAACAAACAGCCAUGAAAGCCUUUGGGAUGCAGAGAUGCAAGAGGGCAUCAGAGGAGGGAGGGAAGGAGGGACAGAGGCCAGUGUUGCCCGAGGCACCCGUGACCAUCAUUCAAGGCACCCCAGGGUGCCACGGCACACUGGCUGAAAAGCACUGCUUUAGAGUGAAACUUUAGUGUAAAAUUACUGAGCUAAAAUUUCAUCAGCAAAUUUAUUUUAAUUCAGACUUAAUUGGGACUCUGAGGUUCUUUCCCACUGCAGGUGUUAAUUUAACAUAGCAUAGCUGAAAAGACAGUAUUCUCGACAGUACCAGCUCAUGUAAAUAAUAUGGACACCUGUCAGUAUUUUUCAAGGGAGAAAGAGCAUAUUGAGAAACGUAAAGUAUUUUUCCUUAUUGGUAAAUUUACAUAGAAACUCUGAAACCUUCUAUCUCAAGUAUCUUCUUGAAGAUAAGUCAAAUAAUAUUACUCUGGCCGUGGCAAAAUUUCUCUCGGAGCUAAUAAGAAAUAGAAAUCAACAUGCUCUGGAUAAAAUAUAGUGACUGCCUUGGAAUCCCUGUAUCUCUGCUGCAUUCUGCUUUUGAAACUGUUUUGUGGGUCUUUGAACUGUAACAAAGAAUGUGUAUUAUUAAAGUGGUUUUAAGCAUUCUGUUGCCCUAGCACAACAAAGCCACUCUUACUGCACUUUUUGCAGUUUAGGAAAGUGAUGGGGAAGUGCAUUGAAAAGUGUGAACUGAAUGUAUACAGAAAGAUGUAUAAACUUCCUGCAAGCAAAUGAAGAUGAAUGCGGAAUGGGUGUAUGUUCUCUCAUAACCUCCCCACAAACUGAGAGUGAAUGCUCCAUAAAUAGGUUAUCUAGAGGAGCACUAUAAGAGUGAGCCAUUCAUUAACCUAUCGCUACUCUUGCAUUUAUGGCCUUUUGACCCUACUGUUUAAAAAUACAUAUAUAGUAUAAAUGUGGGUGGGUGCAUGUGCACACACAUACCAAGUGACAAUCACAACAUGCAUCUGAUGAAAUGAAUUCUAGAUCAUGACUAUGCCAAAAUAGCAGUUUUUUAAAGUACCAAAUAACCUUCUAUUGCAUUUUAUGGUGUUGGAUUAAAAUUGAUGUCCCUCUGAAACAAUAAUCAGAUAAGCAUCUUCUUGAUGGCUAUUGCCAGAGUGUACUUAAGAUCAUUUUUAGGAUAAGAACAUGCAACUAUUUCUUACUUUUGCUGAUUCUACUGGAAAUUUUGAGAAAAUUCACCUUGAAUUUCCCCCCCUGAUCUUUUACAGACAACAGUAAUUGAUUAUGUGAAGCCAUCAGACCUUAAGAAAGAUAUGAACGAGACCUUCAAGGAAAAGUUUCCUUACAUCAAGCUGACACUCAGUAAAAUAAGAAGGUACCAUUGCCGUGCAGCUACCCUUAAUAGGUUUGGUAGAUGGAGGUAAAAUAUUAACGGUAGGUUUUCUGGAAGAGUGACCUCCAAAGGCCAUUGUUACAGAAGAAACCAUCUGUUUGCUUAGACUAGAAAGCUGAAUAAAUAAGAUCGGGAUCAUGUGGUCUAAGUAUAUAUUAUGGUCCUGCAGUGUUUUUAAAUAUCUAAAGGAACAGAAAGGUAAGGACAAGGAUGUGAAUGUUCUUGUGAAAGCUGCUGAAAAAGGGGCAGAGAGAAUUUCUGAAAUUAGUGAAAGCUGUUGCAACCAAAUGAUAGCAAGACUUAAUCAUGGGUAUAUUUUAAUAGAUGAAAGGUUGUUCUUCUAUUGUUGAAUUGAAGACGUGUUGGUACAAAGAUGUCUGCUGCAUUGCAAACUUCACAAAUUGUUAUUUCUCAGUGAUCAGCAGGCUCCUAGAGUUGCAUACAGAGAAGCACAACAGGGUACAGAUGUGAUGACAAAAUACUCCAUUAAUACUUACGAGCAGCCAAGGCCGAAUACAAUGGGAUAACAUUGUGCUGUAUCCUUUGUGCCCCUGUCCCAUUUGUACAGGUGUAUCAACACCUUUUCAGUCUCUGCAACAGCAUAUACUUAAAAGUUUGGGAGCAGAAGGAAUUAUGGAAGAGCUAUCAUUGGGCCAGAACAUUAGUAUUUCAGGAGCUCCAGUUCCUUUGUCUGCUUCUGUUUCCUUGCCUCCAGUCCACCGUCUAGUCCAAAAUGAUGGAAGUUAGAAAUUCAAGACUUGCAAUAAUAUUUUUGGACAAAAAAAAAUGACUUCAAACAUGAACAAUUCAAUAUCCAGAAAUUCAGGGGACACUUUACAUUCGCAGGUGCUGAGAGUGAAGCGUAGCAGUAUGAUAUAUUGGCAGUUUACUGGUGGUGUUUAGGCAAGCCUUCUGAAUGAUAGGUAGUGCUAUUACAAUCUUUGAGUUUCUUCAGCAACACACCUUUCCCUCCCCUUUCAGCCUGAAGCGAGAGAUGCGCAAACUAGCUCAAGAAGAGUGUGGUUUUGAGGAACCCACCGUGGCUAUGGCCUUCGUCUAUUUUGAGAAGCUUGCCCUCAAGGGGAAACUCAACAAGCAGAACAGAAAGCUCUGCGCUGGAGCAUGUGUCCUACUCGCUGCCAAAAUCGGCAGUGACCUCAAAAAGCAUGAUGUGAAACAUCUUAUCGAUGUAAGUACCCCAAGGCCACAAACCUUCACCACAAAAAGUAGCAGUGAAGGAGGGUUGACCCGGCAGUGGCUUAGAUGAAAGGAAUUGCUGUGUCUUCAUUAUAUCAUGCAUUGGCCUUUGCUUGUUAGCUGCAUCAGAAAGGUUGGAUGUAAUUUUAAGACCUAAGAUACCUAUUUUAAACUUGCAAGUGCAAUUGGAAGAAGCUGUUUAAAGUACAUGACUAAUACACCAAUCUGUUUGGCUUUGUUGUAGAAACUGGAAGAGAAGUUCCGAUUGAACAGGAGGGAGCUGAUUGCCUUUGAAUUCCCAGUGUUAGUGGCCUUGGAAUUUGCUCUCCAUCUACCUGAACAUGAAGUGAUGCCACAUUAUAGACGCUUGGUCCACCAUUCCUAGCACAGGCUACCCUUCCGAGAAGAGGGAGGGGUUUAAAAACUUUUUUUUCCCUGUUGAGCUCAGAAGAGCAGCAGUUACUACUGGAAAUGCAAAAAUGGGGGCACAGAUGCGCCAACACCCUUUAUUCUCUUUUCAGUGCAGCUUUUCAACCUGAUCGUAGGAAUAAUUCCUUAAGACUCUCAGGCUAGACAAACUGUUUUAACUACUCGACGCAAGUGAUGAAUGAGUUGCAUGUGAGUGAACAGUGGGUGGAGCAGAUUCACACCACUUGGACAAAAAAAAGAACUUCCUUGAGUUCCCCAUAAACUUUCCUGCGAGGAGAAGGAAGAUAAAACAGCAGCCUUCAUUUCACACUUUAUUUAAACUAUACAUUCUGCUCCUGUGGAAACCUCAUCAGCUUUCCCAGAAGCGGUUUCCAUUUUACAAAAGGAUUCCUAAAGCAAUGACGGGUUGCGGAAGAUACCUUCACUGUGUCAACAACGUGCCAAUCUAUUUUUGUAUCUGUUCUUGAAAGUGCACUUUUCCUGGUGGGUGGGAUGAUGAUUUAGUUGAGAGAUGCUGAGCAGGUUUGGAAUCAGGUGGAAGGAAGCCUUGGAUCAUUGCUAGAAUUUUGUUUACUAAAGGCCAGAGGACAACUUUUCUCUAUUUGCUUAAAGACGUAAUUACUGAAAGGGAGAUAAUCUGGGUUCAUUUGAAUAACCAGGCAUGAUCUUUUGCAAUCCCUGGUUGUUAGUUUGUUUUCCCCGCAUCAACAUCUUUUAUUUUUUUAUAUAUAAAAAUUACACUACUUUUAAAAAAAGUAUGACACCUACAAAUGAGAAACCAACAGCUGCUUUUGUUUUCACUUUUGUAUGUGAUGCCAUUCAAAUGUUCAGUAUGGAAGAGAGAGGACAUUUUGAAAGUGUCUUGUUCUAAGCCACAUGCGUAUUUCUAACCUCUGUACUUUCCCUCUGUGGAGAUGGUUAGACUUGCACUCUGUAGUGUUUGUAUUUUGUGCUCUAUGUUAGAGUGCAUUCUGAGGCACGUUGAUGGUGCUGUAUGUUUAAACAGUGUUUUUUAAAAACCAACUUGUACAGCCAAGGGCCAGAAUUGGCCGCCUAGGGCCUUGAUAACAGACACUUGCCUCAAGUGUGGGUAAUUUUUUGUUGUUGUUGCUGUUGUUUUAAAAUAGAAUUGGCUGUACAAAUCAAAUUUCAGAGUGGGGGGGGGCACUGAAAUUGUUACAUUUUUUCAUACUUCACUACUUGGCAAACUUAUAGUACUUUAACUGUGUUCAUAAAUUACAAAACCCAGGCUGAGAUGCAAAGCUUAUACAAUCCCCAUGUGUGUUCUGUUUUCUAAAUAUUUGUAUGUGUGCAUUUGGGGUUGUAUAUAAUGUAGCACUAAGGUGAAUGUUCUGCCUGCAGACGAAUUUCUCCUUGUGCAAGGGAACAUUCUUGCCCUCUUCCCACCCCCCACGAACAGCCUAAACAUGUUCUGAGGCUUCCUCCAGCCCUCCAGAGCAGUUUGGGGACAGUGUGAGGCAUGUGCAGGGGGAGGAGAGCGGGGAAAUCCUGUUGGAUAGCACUAAUCCUUGUGCUAGCCCAACUAUUUAGUUACAUUCCGCCUGCAUGUGUAUAUGUGUGUAUAUACAUGCGUAUACACACACACAUAUACACAAUAUGAGAAGAUAAUGACAGCUGGAUGUGCUUGCUACUAUGCUAGAGGACAUACAACAAAGAAUUAAAUUACUAUUUUUAUAUGUAGUUAAUGUACAUGUCCCACUUUUUCUAGUGCAGAUUCACUUAACACAGCUCUUGGCUGACACAGUGAUUUCAAUAAAGUUGAGUAUUUUACUGUUUAUAGCGUAAUACAAUUAAUUGAGCAACAGUUGUGUCCACCAAGAUAAUCUACCACUUUUUUCUCUUUUUUUCCUGUAGCAGUCAUUAGUGACACUGGAAAUGACAGAAGUUGGGAACAAAAGUACAGCCAAGAAAAUAUACAAAUACAAAACUCCAUUGAAACCUGUAGAUUUUGAAACAAAAUUCCACUUUAUUGGUGUAGCUUUGCAUCCUCUUUUUGGCUUUCAAACACGAAUGCUCCAUUGUCUGACUUGUAUAUUGCAAGUAUAAACUAAAAAUAUAUUGAAUGAUACAUCCGUUAGAGGAACUAAGAAUAAAACUCUGUUGUUAAAGUAACAAAAUUGCCAGUUCCAGAAUUCUCGCUCACUUGCCCUCUUCCAUAUUAAUGUAUUCCCAUAAGCUAGUUUGAAGAAUGGAGAAAAACACUAGUUUUCUGCAACUCCAAGGAAAUCCUCAUUUAAAUUAAGGGAAUUUGCAUUUUCUGCAUCUUCAUUUAGCCAAACCCCAAAAAUGUAUAUUCUGCAUAGCCUCAAGACCAAAAACUGUUCUGCAAUGCAUAGUUAAAAGGUUUAUUGAUUAAAACAAUCGUCUGGCUUCAGCUAUGGUCCAGUGCAUAUUAUUUGGAGGGCCUAAGACCCAAGUGCAUACAUAAGAUCAGACAGGAUGUUUUAUAAUUCCUUUACCGUUAUCAUUUUGCAUGGAAAGACUGUUCUUGGAUGGCAAAAUUCAGAGUGGAGAAUGAUGGCACUUUGUAAACCAAAGGAACACCCUGUGCUCUGUCCGCCACCUAACCCAAAACAGCAUCUGUGCCUUCAACAAUUUUGGGGGAAAGAGAGCCCUUGUCCCUAGACCCUCUGUUGCUGCAGAGAGCUAUUCACCCACAUUCCUUUCCUAUUUGCUGUGGGACAGUAUCCCUGUUAAUAUGUUAUCCCUCCUCCUUUGAAAAGAGGUGGUGCAGACGGCAUAGUGGGUGUGGAUCCUUGGCUGAUGCCUUUCUGAAGUUACCUGGGACAGAAAGUACACAAGUGCUGUUCCAUUACUUCAGUGUGGGUUUGCGUAGUGCAAAUGCAGUUCUGAAUCCUUUCAAUAUCUAUGCAGGUUUAUGCAGAGUCAAGAUACAGAAAUUAGCCCUCAUCAACAAACUGGACAGGAUUCUUGAGUGGCAUGCUUGUUGGAAACAUCCUGCUUUCAUUUGCAGAAAUGUUUGGCUGCUUCUUUUUGGGGGGGGGGUUAGAGGGGAAGGCGUUUUGCAUAAAAGCACCGACAAAAAUGAAAAAACUUUGUAGCGUAAAUUGAAGCCAUACUGAUGAAAUGUCAAUGCACAAAACAUGACUGAAGUAAACUAUAGUAAUUCUCCCUUCUUUUUCCAAGAUUGCAUUUAAAAAUAGCAAUGAAAUGGUGAAUAAAAGAAAAAAAGGUUUUACCGUAUUUUUGUUUCUCAAAACCAAGAAUUUUGACUUGUAAAUAGUUCCAUUAAAAAAAAAAAAGACAUGGGCUUUUGGAAAAUCCAUUUCUUUUCUCUUCAUAAUGUUUUGAGAUGAUGUACUAUGCACUGUAUUGUACAGAUUAUUAUUUUGAAAAGCUGUUUUCUCCGCAUACACCCAAGCAAGUGAAACUUUUCAAAAGCUCUGCCUGCCUACAGUGUUACACAAAUUGUGUAGGGGUGGUGGUGCAGGAACAAUGAGGCCGCCGAUAUCUAAAUACAGUAUGUCUUUAAGAUUAAAUUGUUGGUGUCUCUCACUUCAUUGCUACCAUUACGUUCCUGAAGUGUUCAUUAUUCAGUGG